AUGGCUUUGGGUCUUCUGUGUGAGAUCGUCUGUAUCCUUGUGGAACUUAACUCUGCGUUAUCGCGGGACAAGAUCCUGCAGCAAAAUCAGGAGCCUUUUGCAAAGCCUACUCCGGAGGGGCGCUGCCUGAGACCGGGCUCUUUUGCAACUCUUUCUGCUGCAAAAGCCAGAGAUGACAAAAGAACCGUGUCUCGCCUCCCUCCCUCUCCCUCUUUGCCAAUGAGCGCGACUGGCAGGCCGGGCAGCCAACGGAAAUCUGCAGCUGGGCCGGCUCGGGCCAGUGAGCAGGCGGCGUGUGGCUUUGGGCAGACCUUCCUGCCUGCCUCUCCUUCCAAGCCUUUGGUUUCUAAAGCGGCUGCUGUUGCUUUAAAGUCUUCGGGAGGAGGGCGCGUCCGGAGCGCGCAAAGGCGAUGGAGAUGGGGCGCUUGGCAAGGCUGCGGCGGCGCUGAGCGCGCUCUCCUUCCUUGGUUGAGGCUCCCCUAGGCAAGCGAGGGGCUGAGUCUCUCCGCUUCCCGGAGGCACUCCGCUCCCACUCCUCCCUCCCUCCCCCCCUCCCCGGCCAUGUUUCCUCGUUAGCGGGCGGAGCGCUGAACGCCUGCGCGCAAGGGGAGAGCGGCGCUCUGGAGUUUGGCACCAGCAGCAGGCAAGCGAAUCUUUCUUGCCGCCCCGGGAACGCGGGGAUGGGCCGCCUGCACGCUUCUGCCUGUCCCCCGGGCAGCGGCAGCAGCUCCCGCUGAGACUGCAGAGGAAGCGCCCCUUUUCCAGCCUUUUCGCACGCGACAAACUGAGUCGUCGGAACGGACGCCCCUACCACCCCACCCUUGCUUUUCUCCAGCGGCACCGUUUCCGCCCCUUUGGACCUCCGCCUCCGCCUCCUGUGAUGCUGGGACGCGCACAGGUUUGGUUUCUUGGGCAAUAUAUAUAUUAUAUAUAUUAACCCAACUUUUUGAAAACAAAAGUAUAUAAUUCCUGCAUGUUGAAGGCAAAAGGCUGGUGAAGGGGUUUUGCAACUGGGAAAUCAAGUUCCUUCCAGUAUUUCUUCUCUCUCACGGGCCUGUGUGUGUGCCAGGAAUGAAAAGUUAUGCACUUUUGUUUCCCUGCGACAGCAACACCCUUAAGACGAAAGUGGCUUCUCUGGCAAUUCGUAAUUUUACUUAACAUGGGGGAAGAUAUGCAGGAGCUACCUGGUGUGGAACCUGAUGGAUUUUUAAAGUUUUAGCCCAGUUAGAUUUAUCAAGUUAUUCUCCAAGUGGGCUUGUCAGUCUUCGCUGCCAAAUGACAACAAUGACAACUAAUACUUUAUUUUGCCACUCCUAACUUUUUUUGUAUUAUUUAUUUUAUUGCAUUUACAUCCCCCACUUAUUUAUCCAAGGAGCCAAAGGUGGCACACAUAAUUCAUCCCUUCCUCAUUUAAUUCCCACAACAACCCUAGAUUAGACUGAGACUGGCCCCCAGGGGGUCAACCCCAAUGAACUUCAUGGGCAAGUGGAGAUUUGAACCCUGGUCUCCCAGGUCAUGAUCCAAGACACUAACCACUACACCACACUGGCCAAUAUGUAAACUGAACCAUAACAGCAUCCUUUCUUGCAAUAAUAUUGGGAUGGAAAGUAACAUUAGUUAAAGGGGCAACUGGAUAGUAGAACUUGAGUACUGAUUUUUAAUUUGAAUUGUUUAUCAUUAAUUCCUGGCUUCCUUUGUUCCAAAUCAGUUCCAUCUAUGCUUAAGCAGAGGGCCCAGUUGUUCUUGCCUCUUACACUUCUUCAGAAACUGCUUUCUGUGCUUUGCUGUCAAGCAAACAUAAGUGAGCAGUAUGACUUUUCAGUACCUUUUUUAAUGGGCAUUCUUUAAGUGGGUGGAAAUAGACCCAAGCAUAUAUUUUGGUAGUACUGUGUGUCUGGUCAAUACUGGAGCAGAGCAACCACAUUCCUUGCAAUUAUGUAUUAUUUCGUCUUCAGUUUUUCCAGUUCGUUUUUGUCAACUGUUUUCAAGUAUAGGUGAAAUUAAAGUACAACUGAACCAAUUAACAAAUAACCAAACACUUCAGGCUUUUCUCCAGAAACAUUGAUCUAAAGAGUGCACCAAGCCUAAGAGCAUUAAACCACAUUCACUUGCAAUUAGAUGUUUUAUUUCUUUUGCUAACAGAAGUGAUCAGCCACAACUCAAUGUUUACCUGAAAUAGCACCAAUACAUUACUUGGCUGUGUAUAUAGCACAUGGUGCCUGCAUACACCAUGCUCAGGCAAAGCAUGUCUGCCUGUACGUCCUGUGGUUCCAUCUCUUAUUGCUCCCAGGCUGUGUCACAGGGCAGAGGAGGAAUGCCGUGGAACGGGUGCUCCACCCCUCCAGUUAGCUUCUCAGUUUCCCACGGUGGGGUGUGACACAAGCUGGCUCCUUCCAGUGCUGUGCUUCUGGGAUUCUUGGACAAGAUGGGAUUGGAAGGGUCUGGCUGGAUGGGCGGGAUGGAGGCAUGAGCAUCAUCAUUUGUUACAUGUGGUUUGUGUGCAAAUCAUUGCAGUUGCAGAAUCCAGACUGUUGACACUUUGCAGAGCCAGUAAACUCUCCCAGGUCAAGUCUAUGUGGUCACUUGCCUCUUCCCAUUGAUGGUGAAACAGUGAUGGUACCACCUAAUUUAUACCAGCACUAAGGGUGAAGCAUUUUACAACUUAAGUCACUGGUUUCCAAAGUGAGUGGUACUGCCCCCAGGAGGUGGUGGGAUUACUUAGGGGGCAGCAGGGAGGCACUGGAGGUGUAAAUGACUAUCAGACUUUGAAAAGAUGGCAUCACUUGCUCAAGUUCAUCAGUUUUAUUGAAUUAGUUAAACUCCAUAGUUUUAACUGGAUUUUGAAUCAAUGUGUAAUUAGUUGUUACUGUUUGGGAUUUCAUUGUGUUGCUAUCUUCCUUAGUGGCUGCUGUAAACCGCUAUUCUGAAUAAUGCUUUUUAUAGGGUAAGAAGCGCUGGGGAUGAGCUUAUGGAAUCAAGGGGGCAGUUGCCCAAAUUAAUCAGUUUUAAACUAUGGAAGGUUUCUCCAAUCAACUGGGCAUCAAAGAAGAAACAAAAUGGGUAAAGAGACUGGGUUGUAUCUGAAGGCAGCUCUGUUUACGGAAGUUUUUAAUGUUUUUAAUACUUUGGGCUGGGUUGUCAUCAAUAUGCUGAUGACACCCAGCUUUAUCUGUUGAUGGAUGGCUGCCCUGACUCGGCCCUGGACACACUGACCAGAUGCUUGGAAGCUGUGGCUGGAUGGCUGCGUGAGAGCUGGUGGAAGUUAAAUCCUUCGAAGACAGAGGUCCUCUGGCUGGGUCAGGAUGACAUAGGGUUGGGGGGCCAACUCCCAUCUCUUGCGGGGGCUCAAUUAGUGCCAGCGCCUUCUGUCAAGAGCUUGGGUGUAACCUUCAACGCCUCCCUUUCCAUGGAGGCACAGGUUGCAGCCACAGCAAAGGUGGCAUUUUCCCAUCUCCGCCAUAUUAAGCAGGUGGCCCCUUACCUUUCUCUCCUUGAUCUGGCCACAGUGAUCCAUGUGAUGGUCACCUCCAGGCUUGCUCGUUUUAACACGCUCUACGCGGGGCUGCCCUUGAAGCUGACUCAGAAAUUCCAGCGGGUGCAGAAUGCCGCGGUGAGGCUCCUUAAGGGGUCCUUGCCGCGGGAUCACAUUCACCCAGUGCUUUACCAACUGCACUGGCUCCUGGUGGAGUACAGGGUCAGGUUUAAGGUGCUGGUUUUGACCUUUAAAGCCCUACGCAACCUAGGACCCACGUACCUACAGGACCGCCUCUCCUGGUAUGCCCCGCGGAGGACCUUAAGGUCCACAAAUGACAACACUUUGAAGGUCCCAAAUCGCAAGGUGGUUAGAUUGGUAUCAACUAGGGCCAGGGCCUUUUCAGUACUCGCCCUGACUUGGUGGAACGCUCUGUCACAAGAGACUAGGGCCCUGCGGGACUUGAUAUCUUUCCACAGGGCCUGCAAGACAGAGCUGUUCCGCCUGGCCUUUGGUUUGGACUCAGUCUGACCCUUAUGUUUUCCCUCCCCUUAUGGUUUUGAUCCAUGGGCUACUUUUAAAAUGAGGAUGCAUUUUAAAUUGCAUUUUAACCUGUAUUUUAAAUUGUCCCCCCCAUUAUGUUUUUAUUGUAAUUUUACUGGUGUUAGCCGUCCUGAGCCCGGCUCUGACUGGGGAGGGCAGGGUAUAAAUAAAUAAAUUAUUAUUAUUAUUAUUAUUAUUAUUAUUAUUAUUAUGUUUUUAAUAUUAUGUUGGGAGCCGCCCAGAGUGCAGGGUAUAAAUAUAUGAUGAUGAUGAUGAUGAUGAUGAUCAGUUAUACUCAAAGUAGACCCAUUAAAAAUAACAGGCAGGACUAACUUAAGUGCAUUAUUUCCAGUGGGAUUAUUCUGAGUAGAACUUGGUUCGAUAUAACUCAUAAUUUUUAAUGCAGAUAUUAAAAAAUAGAGAGUGGAAGUAUCAUUGAGAGAACCAUUGUCCCUUUUCUCUCCCAGAGGAGGAAAUACCUUAUCCAAAAAGAUCAUUGCUACAACCUGCUUGUAUGAUCAAAAGCAAAGUAUGUAGGCAGAAAUAUUUUUACACGUGCAGAUUUGUGUAAACAUUUUUUUAAAUGGUGCAAAAUUAGCCCUACCUAGGCAUUGUUAACUGUGUUAAAAUCUUUGGUUGGGGCGAGUUCUGCUCCCUGCCCCCAAUGUCUCUUCAGCCUCACUUUGAUUUUUUCUGAUCUAUUGUAUUCCACUGAAGUUUACAGCAGCACUGAUACUUCCCUCCCUUAUCACCCCACAUAGGUUAAUUUUUAGUACGGUACGGAUAACAGAAUGAUCUGGUUUGUAUAUCGUGAUAAGCCAAACCAUGACUUAUUUCGUGUGCAGGCUCCCAUAGAAGAGGCUGUGGCCUCCCUGAUCUUUUUGCUGCUGUGUUGAAUCAUAGAAUUGGAAGUUGGAAGGAGUUAAGCUAUGGUUCCGCUUAGUGUGCGACUUAAAUCUGGGCUUUUGGUUUAGCUUCCUUAGGUAAAGGUAAAGGUACCCCUGACCGUUAGGUCCAGUUGUGGACGACUCUGGGGUUGUGCGCUCAUCUUGCUCUUUAGGCCGAGGGAGCCGGCGUACAGCUUCUGGGUCAUGUGGCCAACAUGACUAAGCUGCUUCUGGUGAACCAGAGCAGUGCAUGGAAACACCCUUUACCUUCCUGCCGGAGCGGUACCUAUUUAUCUACUUGCACUUGACGUGCUUUUGAACUUCUAUGUGGGCAGGAGCAGGGACCGAACAACGGGAGCUCACCCCGUGGUGGGGAUUCGAACUGCCGACCUUCUGAUUGGCAAGCCCUAGGCUCAGUGGUUUAGACCACAGCGCCACCCGCCUGGUGCAACCAAAGUUUAUCCUAUUGUUUGUAGCUCAUGGUUUGUUUGGGAGAACUAUAUCAUAAGUUCAAAGUAAGACAACAUGCUAUGGCAAACCAUGGCUUAGCUCAGUGAGGCAUAGUGGCAGAACAACCAGAAAGGAAUGAAGUGACUGCAGUCUCCUCUCCCUGAGUCCAUAUACUCAUGCUAAACUUAUGGUUUGACUUGGUGUGGUGUCUGAAUACCAAGUGUGUUUAUGACCCUUAUAUUGUUACGUAGCAGCAUGGUAGGCCCUGCAAAGGGAUUGGUAUGGGCGUAAUACAUACUAAAUUUGUUUUAUUUCAUAAAAUUUACAUGCCACUUGAUUGUAAACAGCAACAGCAACCCUCAAAGUGGCUGUUGCAUCCAAAGUAUUUGAGAACUGAUGUUAACAUCUCACACUUGCUUACAAGACUAAAAUGAAACUGCAUUGGAAUGAACAGAUCUUAUUCCACCUUUGCAGUUCAGUGCAACCCAUAAAAGACUUAAACACUGCAUGUUCCUGUGAGUUACAAGGCAGGUUGUGCUCUGAGUUUGACCCAUUAUUUUUUCUCCCUUCUCUCAGGACAAACAAGUGAAGAACUAGUCCAGUGGUUCCCCAACUUCUUUGCACCCCCACCCUGUUGGUUCCAUAAACACAUCCCCAGAACCCACUACGCAACACAUAAAAAGCAUUAUUCCCCUUGCACAACCCACUAAGGAAGAUAAUAAAUGAAAUUCAAAACAAUAACCACUAAUUUCACUUUAAUUCACAAUCCUGUUGAAACUGUUUAGUUUAAUUAAUUCAAGAAAACUGAUGAACUUGAUCCAACGAUACCAGCUUUUCAAAGUCUGAUAUUCAUUUAUGCUUCUAAUAGCCCCCCUUUAGCCCCCUUGCCUCUUAGAGCCCCCUAGGUUAUCCUCCCCAGGGGGCAGUGCUACCUACUUUGGAAACCACUGAGCUAGAGUGCUAGGUUUCGUAGUUGCAAAGAUCUCUGAUUAAGACAGAAAUUAGUUCCUCCUGUUCCAUGGUUAUGCUAGCAAGUGACUAAUCACAUCUCCAGAACUGGUGCCAUCAGUCCAAUCUAAUCCUAGCUUAAGGACUUGUUAGAUUCAAGUGAUGGGGAAUAGAGAGUUUGACCCUUAAAAAAAUGUAGUUUACCCUCCAAGAAAAAUUCACGAAGGGAAAAUUGCCCUGAGCAGUACGCAUGGGAAAUCUCUGGCCCUCCAGUUGUGGUUGGGCUCCAAUCCCCUUUCUCCUGGGCAGUGCUAUGGGAUAAUGGUAGUUAACUACAACUACCAUUAUGUUGUUGAACUACAUCUGGAGCGAUGCAUGUUCCCCAUCCCUGGCCUGCAGUGAGGCUUGAAGGGUGUGUUUGUGUCUACUGUAACAUUGAAGUCUUCCAACUGGAGCCAGAUAUAAUAUGGUGACUCAAAAGGUAGAACUAAUUGCUUCUUGGCCUGCCUGAUCCGCAUGCUGGGAUGACCUGUAUAUUUCAAGUACUGUACAACAUUUUAAUUACUACUGAUUUGAACGUAGGAACAUAUCAAGAACCCUGCUGGAUCAGGCCAGUUGCCCAUCUAGUCUACCAUCCUGUCCCCGCAGGGCCCAACCAGAUGCCCAUGGGAUACCUGCAAACAGGACCUGAGCACAAGAGCACUGUCUCCUCUUCUGUGGUGUCCAGCAACUGGCAUUCAGAAGCAUUGCUGCCCCCAGCUGUGGAGGCAGAGCAGAGCCAUCCCGGCUGGUAGCCGUCAGUAGUCCUCUCCUCCAUGUAUUUAUCUAAUCCUCUUUUAAAGCCAUCCCAAGUUGGUGGCCAUCACUGCCUCCAGUGGGAGUGAGUUCCCUAGUUUAACUAUGCACUGCAUGAAGAAGAACUUCCUCUUAUUUUUUCUGAAUCUUCCAAUAUUCAGUUUCAUUGGAGGUCCGUGAGCUCUAGAUUAAGAUUGAGAGAGGACUGGGAUCCCAAUCUCCCAGGUCUUAGUCCAACACUCUGAAUCGCUACACCACAUUGGCGCUCUCUAUAUGCAUAACUACUUGAUCCUGAUAAGAACAGGAGUGCACACCCAGACCAUAUUAGUACUCCUCCUAGACUCAGGAGACUGGGAGGUGUCAACUGGUGAAACAUCCCAGGGCAAGCAGGUCAACUCCCAGUAUUUGAUAGUGCUGGGGUGGGCAUGGCAAGAGAGUAGGGCCAGGCAAUAUAUCAUCCAAAACUGGUAUGAAGUCCAUAUCGUGACAUCAGUUUCGUAAUUUUUGACUUGGCAAUCAUGAUGCAGGGAAAACCGUGAAGCCAGUCAAUGCCUCUACAUAGCUCCAUCCUUAUUUCAGACAUAGUGAUAUAUCAGUGUAUCACAAUGUUUAGCUGGUGAUAUAUCACAAUGUUGAAAACCAGAUAUCGCCCAGCCCUAUCGGAGAGAGGUAGGUGGGGAUGGAGCAGGAGGAGGAACUCCCAGCUCCCAUUGUGCAGAUAGAGGAAGCUAGACAGCAUUUGCAGUGUCCUGACUCAGUCAGUCCCUUUUGAGAGUUUAGUCUUACUGCCAUGCCUCUUCUUAGGUGAAGGUAAUUGGGGGGUAGUUUUAAUAAUACAGUGGUACAUCGGUUUUUGAACAGCUUAGUUCACGAACAACUUGGAACCCAAACACUGAAAAACCGGAAGUAGGUGUUCCGGUUUUCGAACUUUUUUCGGAAGCUGAACAUGCUCCGUUUUGAGUCUCCCUGUUGCGCUGCUAUUUUGGAUCCCCCCCAUUGUAAUUCAAGCCAUCCGUUUCCGUGAUUUCCUGUUGCGCUGCUAAUUUGUGCCCCCUCCCAUUGUAAUUCAAGCCUUCCAUUCCCAAUUGCAGUGUUCUGUGGUGAUAUUUGGAGGUUAUAUUUGGUGCUUUUGUUUUUGCUAUUUAUUUUGCAUUUUUUUGUUUUGAGGCUUUUUCAGUUACCGUAUUUUUUGCACCAUAACACUCACUUUUUUCCUCCUAAAAAGUAAGGGGAAAUGUCUGUGCGUGUUAUGGAGGGAAUGCCUACGGGUGGCAUGCCUAUGGAUUUUCCUCCUCUAAAAACUAUGUGUGUGUUAUGGUCGGGUGCGUGUUAUAGAGCGAAAAAUACGGUAAUUUGUUUUUGGGACUGCGUGGAUCCCAGUUCAGCUACUGAUUGAUUGAUUGAUUGAUUGUGUGACUGUGGAAAUGGAUAAAAGCCCUCAUCCAAACAAUGACUAUAACCAGUUAAAUAAAUUGUUUAAAUGGUUAGUAAGGAAAUGAUUAUUUUUCUCUUUCCAAAAAAGUACAGCAGAAAUAUUGUCCAAAUAUAAAUAGUUAACUUAUUAAACCUCACCAUAAUUUCAUAAUUAUCUGUCUAUGUAUUUCUAAUAGUAUAUCAAAUCAGUAAUUUUUGAUAUAACUGUAAAAACUACUCUGAAAAUUUAGUAUUCCAAAAAUGAAACCUUCAUAUGGUUGUAAAUAUUAAGAUUAUACCAGAAAGAAUGAGUCUUUCUGUAAAAAAAAUGAUUUAAAUCAAGCCUUACUGACUAGUGAUUUAAAUCGUGAUUUAGAUCGAUUUGAUUUAAAUCAAAUCCACCCUGUACAGUACAUUGAUUAUUGCUUUCAUUUUAUGGAUCAGUGGUCUCGUUAGAUAAUAAAAUUCAUGUUAAAUUGCUGUUUUAGGGGUUGUUUUUAAAAGUCUGGAACAGAUUAAUCCGUUUUGCAUUACUUUCUAUGGGAAAGCGCACCUUGGUUUUGGAACAAACUAAAUUUGAGAACCAAGGUACCACUGUACUGUUUUAUCUAGACCGGACCAAUUACAAUAUGUGGCAUCAAUUCAUUAGUAUAUAAUAAAGAGUUAUACUAUGAUAAAGUAAAAUUAAAAAGUUCUGCUGUGUGCCCUUUGAAACCCUUUCACAUACCCUGGGCAAGGGAUACGCACACUGCUAAUGGGGAAACACUGCAACAAGUAAUUGAUUACUUGAGACAGGGUGUGUAUCCUGCUCUUCAGUUCAACAACUUCAUGGUGGUGUAAGUGCUGAGUAAAAAGUAGGUCACAAAUAUAAAUCUGAAAAUUGAGAGUUCUGUGACCAAAUCCAGCAGAGCCAUCAAAGAAUCCAUUCACCACAUUAGGGCAAACCUAAACGCCACCCUGUGCUAAUAGUGGCUGAGAAUUUGUGUCUCCUGUUCAAACCUUGCCUUUGCCGUCCACUCAUUGGGGGCCUUAGUUAAGGCUAGGCUCCUGCCCUGUCUCUGACUCACCCAAUAGAGCAGCCGUGUGUCUUACUUUACAGAGGUCAGUUCUCUACAAACAGUUUGUGUGUGUCUGAAAGGCUAUCCACUGCGAAUCCAGUUUAAAGAUCCCCAAAAGGAGAGAUCAGGGAGGCCUGAUCCCUAGUUUGCAGCUGGGCAUCAGGCUGAGUAAGCAACACAGGUCACCUGUUCACAGCAGCGCUAAGGUGUGUUGCUGUUCAGAUCAUAGCUAUUAUUACAAAAAUUGUGGGGUUUUUUGUAAUUAGCACAUGCAAAUUUUAUGUAAAUCUGCACCCUCUUCUCUUUUUCCCUUUUUGGCAAUGUACAAAGGGCCACCCUAUCAGCAGGUCAUCUACAAUAAUUAUAAUAUUGGUCUCCCUUACAGAGCAGUUGUCAGGAUUAGUGAGAUAAUAUACUGCGAAGCACUUCGGCCAUAAUAAAAGGGCUUUCAGUGCUAAGCACAAUUAUAAUCUCAGCUGGCAUUUCUGCAAAAGUAUAUUACAGUGGCCGGGACAGGGGAGAGGGGGCAUGGAUAGGUGGGUAAAUUUGUGCGCUUAUCUGAUCUCUCUGUGCGCACUGCAGCUUGACAUUUUUGAUCCUUGUUAAAAACGAUAUGCUAAAAAAUGCUCCCUCCCAUUAAUGCAGAUGACAUUGAUUUGAGCACUAGGCAAACUCACAUUGUGAUCUCAUGUGGUUUUCAUUAACUGGGACCCCAGAGCAGAAAGAGAGGCCUGGGCUAAAUAAGCAGAGGAAUGGCAAAAACCACUCAAAUAAAUGAAGAUGACGUUGAAGCAUUCUUGGGAUAUUUGUGGGAUGGGGCUUCUAACAACAAAGAGGAAAGAGCAGGACCCGGAUCGCUAAGGAGCAAAGCAAAGGGAAUGGAGCUGAACUAUAACUCCUAAAUUCCUGCUUGUGUUGGGUCACUGGCUCUUGCGAUAGGAGUAGAACUGUACUGGGUAGGCUUUUUGGCCUGCCUAGCACUUUCACAAUGGGUGUGUAAAUAUUAUAUAGGUUUCCCAAGUGGGCAGUGCUGUCAACCUUCCCUUUUUUUGCGGGAAAUUCCCUUAUUCCAGCACCGUUUCCCGCUGCUAUCCCAGAUUGUUAGAUAUCCCGUAGACUGACCCCGGGACAGGUGAGGCUGCUGAUCCCUUAUUUUCAAAUCUGAAAGUUGACAUCUAUUCACUGGGGAGGCAGUGGGAUUACGAAGGCGGGGGCACUAAGAGGCAAGGGUGUGGCAGGGGGGUCCCUGGAGGUGUAAAUGACUACCAGAAGUUCAUCCGUUUUGUUGAAUUAAUUUAACGAAAUAGUUUUAAUUGCAUUUUUAAUUAAGGUGCAAUUCAUUGUCUCGGUUUUGAAUUUUAUUCCUUAGUGGGUUGCUUAGUGAGAACUGCUAUUAUGAAUAAUAGGGCAGAGGACAUUGGAGGCAAGUUUAUGGAACUGAGUGGGUGGUUGCCUGAAAAGCUUUUGGGACCACUAGGAAUCUUUUGCCCAACAUGGGGCUCGAACCCAUGGCCCAGAGAUGAAUGGUCUCAUGCUCUAGAGACUGAGCUAUCUCAAGUCCACUUGGGGUUUCUGGCUUGGAAAGAGCUUUUAAGCUCUCUGCUUUGCUUGUUGGGCAAGGCCCACUUAGCAUACAGGGUCUAGGAGUGCUGGGGAAUCUCUCUCUUCCCAUCACAUGCUAGCCACAGGGGUGCCUCAAAGAGUUUGGGUAUACAUGAAUUUCGUGUAUAUGCAGAACUCUUGGAAUUGAACUCCCCAUGUAACAUGUGAUCAUACUGUGUUUGGUUCACUUUGGAGAAUUUGGCCCAGCAAAUUAUUAUUAUAAUAUUAUUAUUUCGGUCUGAAUGUGUUCUGGUACUCCAGUUUUGAACUUCAAUUGAUUGGGAAACGCUCAGAUCACAUGGGCUGUGGUUACAGCUUAAACUCCUUUCUUAAAAUGGCAAGUGGUUGCUGAAAAUGAGCUUUUGCCUUGCAUCACCGGGUCAUAGGAGCAAUUUCCAUUAUGCCUUUCGCCUGUACGACUCCGUUGCCUUAGGAGCUGGGAAGCUGAGCUCAUGCUAAGAAUAUGUGUAUGUCUCCCGCAGUCUCACUUCUUGUUUCUAAUUAACAGGAGGUGGUGGUGAGGGUGACUCUCACUCUCUGGAAUGAGGAUGUGUAAUACUGGCCCUUGUCCAUGCACCUGCUUGGUGCCACACCUGUGUGAUCACCUGAGACACAGUUGGUAGGCAACUGGGAUAGGGGUAGCUAAAGCAGCAUAAUUGUCAAUGCGGCCCAUUUCUUUGUCACUGUAUUUACUUAAUUGGGACCAAUUGUGUACACUUCAGUAUAAUUGACUUUUAACUCUAGUUAUACAGAAAGCUGAAAAGUCGUUGUUUUGUAAACAUUCUUCUUAGCCAAGCUUUCCAUUCCAUGCCUUCCUCCUGGUCAUUUCACUCUCCUGUCAACAUGCUCCUAUUUUUUCUGCUCCACCUCAAGGGUCUUAGUUACUUGAAGAAACCCCUAAGAGUUCCACAGGCUCUGAGUUGGGUCCUUUAGGAUUUCUGUCCCCUCUGCUUUUGAUCUCUGUUGUUUGCUUAUGGGAAUUUUUAGUUCUGGGCAGAAGCCACCUUUUGAAGUUUUCAUUAUGUACUGCACAGCCUGAUGACAGUGAUGCCUCAGGCUGAACAGGACACUGAGCAUUUGUCCUUUUUGCCCAGCCCUUUUCUAAUGGAUUCACUUUCACAACUCUUCCCCAUUUUACUAAAGGGGGGUUCUUUCAGGAAUAGCUUUGAGUGUGGUGUACACUCAGAGGUUUACUGCUGAGUUGAGGGCAGAGAAAUGCUUCUGAUUCUCAGAGACUUCUCAUAAGACUGUCAACACAGUUUCCUUCCUCUUGCAACUCAGGUGGAUGCUUGUGUUGUGCUUGCAUUUUUCAAACAUAAUGAGAGCCUUCUGAGAAUAGUAUGAACCUUCCACUGUGAAAUAAUAGUCUACUAACCCAAGCCUUUGAGCCCUCUAGUUUUAUUUAUUAUGGCUAACAUUGGAUUACUCAUAGGGGCAGGCCUGCCCUGGUGCCCAGCCCGCAAAAGGAGGUGAACUUGUUCUUUCCAAUUAGGAAUAUUUCCCUAUUAAUUUCUUGGCUGGGCUCUUUCCAGGGCAGGUUAUUGCAGGUUACACCAAAUCUUGUGGCCCACCUUUCUUAGUUUUGCAAGCAGAGGAGAAGCACUUGUAUGUGCCUGUUACUGUUUCAGUUGCAGCAGACAAUCUGACAAAUACCGUAUUUUUCGCUCUAUAAGACACACUUUUUCCCUCCUAAAAAGUAAGGGGAAAUGUGUGUGCGUCUUAUGGAGCGAAUGCAGGCUGCGCAGCUAUCCCAGAAGCCAGAACAGCAAGAGGGAUCUCUGCGCAGCGCUCCCUCUUGCUGUUCUAGCAUCUGGCUUAGCCCCUCAGUCCCUUCCCCCACCUCCCGGAAAAGCCCCCAAGAGCUGCGCUCCCUUUAAAGAGCUGCGUGGAGCUCUUGGGGGCUUUUCCCCGAGGAGUGAGAAGGGCAGCCAGUCAGUGACAGACUGCCCUUCACCCUCCUCGGGGGAAAGCCUGCAACUCCACUCCACGCGGCUUGUGAAAGGGAGUGCUGAGCAGAGCCUGGGAUGCGUACAGGCUCUGCUCAGCGCUUCCUUUAAAGAAUAUUUUUUUUCUUGCAUUCCCCCUCUAAAAACUAGGUGCGUCUUAUGUUCAAGUGUGUCUUAUGGAGCGAAAAAUACGGUAGCUUGCCUCACUCUCUGGAAGUAGUAUGUGGCAUAAUUUGCAAGUACUUCAUCCCCCAUGUGAUCACUUACAUCUUGCUUAUUUCAUUCCAUAUUUUUCAAGUGGCCUUUUUGACAUUUGAAGUGUGCACUGCAUGGAAUUAGGAUAAUUGAAGCGGUUGCAGGAUGAGUUUGUAGCCCUCUCCAGAGAGUACCCCCGAGGCACUGCGCUCCAUUAACAACACCUUUGCUUCAAAAACAUGAACCCAUUCCUCAAAUGUCCUUGAUACCCUUCCAGUCCCAUGGCAAUGGAUCAUGUCUUCUGGUUUCCAUUCCCUAGCUCUGGUUGAUGUGACCAUCAGACACUCUCUCCCUGGUGAUGAGGCAGCACUGCAGGUCUAAGCAGGGUGAGAUGCCUGCAGGGUCUCUGAUGUGAGGUGAAAGUGCUGUGGCCUGCUUCUUGAGGGCCCCAGCCAGGAAAUAACCAUGCAAAAUGGAGGAAAUGAGGUGACGAUAAAUAUAGGAAGGAGAAAUAAAGGAAAACAUUGUAUCAGUGAAAUGAACAGGUGAGCAAAAAUAAGUAAAUAAGAAUGAAAGAAUAGGAUGGUGAAUAAAAUGGAGGAGAGAUAAGAUCAGGUUGGGGACUACAAGCUUGUGUGAGGGCAUGACGUUUAAGCAUGUGGGUCAUUACACUAAGGCGUACUUUGGACUGAUGCAGGCAGGUAAAAUUGUGCUGUUGCUGUCGAUCGAUUGAAUAUUGCUGGAAUUUAGGCCUGCAGAAAAUGGUGAUGACUUUGGAGGUAAUUGAUUUUGAACUUGGUCACACAAUCAGGAGCCAGUCUUUGUCAUCUUAAUCAUCCCAGUCAGCAUGAGAGAGGAAUUCCUGGGCAUUGUGGCUUAUUCGUAAAUAUUCAUUGAUCCCACCCAAUGAAGUAAUCUCCUCUACCACCACCCCUUAAAUAGAUUUUUAAGAUUGAAAACUAGGAUCUGUGGAAUGUUUUUGGUGACCAAAGUGUACUCUGGAGAACAGAGAAAUGUGUGUCUGUCUGUUUAAAACAACAGCAUGUGAAACAAGUAAAUGAGAUUAUCCAGUUGACACUGAGAGAAUAUGGCAGCGAAGAGGCAGGAAUAGACUUUCACGUUGUCUAAUACAAAUAAAGCCCCUCUUUCUUUCUAAUAAAAAAAAAUGAUUUGGGCUGCUUACAGCUUGGCAGAAGCAAUUAACAGUAAGACUUAGGAGCCUUCACUUUAGGAUUUGUGGUACCUCAGCAGGCUAGGGGGAGGAAGGUUGGAAAGGUGGAGUCAGAUUACUUUGUCAAGGCUGCAUUCCUCUAUUCAGGUACCCCAUCUGGCCUGUGUGUGUGUGUCUUUGAAGGUGACUGCAUAGAAUCUGUUGGGGAACUGCCUUCCCCACUUAAAAACAGUCUCCUUGCCGAGGUGAACAGCCUGUUCUGACCAUAGUUGGUGCUCAGCCUGGGAAUGUAACAUUGGAUGCAGUCAUGGGCAUGGUAACACGCAUGCCUUUGUUCACAUCAACCAAUUGCACCUUCUGCGCAUUUAACACGCAUUCAACCUACACAGUUUCAGCCACAUGCGUGCUGGAUGAAAUUGCACAAAGUGGACAGCUUAAAAGCCGUUUUUGCACCAGGUCUGCUUGGGCUCACCCUGUGUGAAAAGAGGUUUUAAGCUCUUUGCACUACUUGCUGGGCCAGUCCUGCUCAGUGUGCUAGCUCUGGGAAUACGGAGAACUAUCUCUCUCCCUCCCACACUAGGCGUCGGGGCAGCUCCAAGGGUUUGGGUAUAUGCGAUUUUCAUGUAUACACAGAACCCUAGGAACUGAGCCUCUGUGUGAGAUUCAGUCAUACUGUACUUUAAGUAGGGCUACCUUUGGAAACUUCAAGGAGUCCAGAAUGCUGAUUACAGCCAGUUUUGGAGAGCUUGUGACUCGCUUCCUGCCACAGCUACACUGAUUCCCAGUCUGUUUUCAGGCCCAAAUCUGAAAUGCGGGCUAUGACCUUUUGAAUCAUUAAUGACUUGGGACCAGGGUGCUUCAAGAACUCUCUUUCCCCUGAUGAAUUUGUCCUUAAGAUUUUCUGGAAAGGCUGCGCUUUGCAUCCCACCAGCAUCUGAGCAGUGUGUCUGUUUGGGAUGUGGUCUCUCUCUGUGGCCAUUCCAAGUCCGUGGAACUGUCUUCCUAGUGCAGUGAUGGCAAAUCUUUUAGAGACCGAGUGCCCAAACUGCAACUCCGAACCCACUUAUUUAUCGCAAAGUGCCAACACGGCAAUUUAACCUGUAUAUCUCAUUUUUUUUCCUGUGUGUUUCAUGUUUCUUCUUUAUGACUGCUGUUUUAAUAAAUACCCCUUCAUAAAAGUUAUUGCAUUACAUUCUUCAUUAAAUUUUCUUUCCAUUGAUAUAUAAUUUUAUGGUAUAACUCAGUUCUAUUUUUCUAAAAAAAUGUUUAGGGAUACUCUCAUAUUGACUCAAGAAAAUCACCACUGGGGGAAAAAUAAAUACAGUUCAAAUUGGGAAAAAUAAAUACAGUGGUACCUCAGUUUUUUAACAGCUUAGUUCUCAAACUACUUGGAACCUGAGCACUUCAAACCCAGAAAUGAGUGUUCCGGUUUUGGAAUGUUUUUCAGAAGCCAAACAUGCUCUGUUCUGAGUAUAACUUCCAUUUUGAGUGCCACACUUAAUUUUCCUAGUGAAUGAAGGCAGGCCGGGCAGCAAGCAAGCAGGCACCUGCCACCCACCAGCGCUGGGUCCCUCCGCUGCCACUGCCACAACAGCAACCACCCCCUCCUACAGCUCUGGCGGCCCCGGUGCUGAGUGAGGGAAGGCUGGUUCGGCCCUGCUGGGGCAACUGCGCGCGUGCCCACUGAGAGGGCUCUGAGUGCCCUCUCUGGCAUGCGUGUCAUAGGUUCGCCACCACUCUCCUAGUGGGUCCUGCCUGGCCCUCCUUUCUUGUGGUCCUCUGUUGCAAGAGGAGGACUUUUCUUUUACAGCAGAUAUUUGACCAGCCGCUAUGUUAAGGUUUUAGUCUUUGUAUUUCAGUCUGAAUCUGUCUCCCGCCCCCCGUUUCCCUUGUAUUUCCCUUCACUGCUUGUUAUUUUAACUAUGUUUGUGUUGUGAGUGGCUUUGGGCAUUUUUUUUAAAAAAAAUGGACAGCUGAAGUAAGAAUGGUUUUAGUAAGCUCCUUGUAAAACAUGCCAGAAAGGUUCUGCUUUUCUGUUGUUCUAAGACUUGGAUUUACCUUUGCUGGAAUGUUUGUUGGCAGAUGUCUUUAGGAAGCCUUUUCCCGGCAGUUGUGCUGGCUGCGGCUGAUGGUAAUUGCAGUCCAAAACAUCUGGGGGGGGGGCAGCAGAGUGCCAAACACUGGUACAUCCUUCUGAAUCUAGCAGGAGGAGAUUUGUUUUAGGAAAAUAAGAAGAACCUUCAGGUUCAAGGCAGUGUCCCAUCUGCAGCAUCCUUCUCUCACAGUGGCCAACCAAAUGCCCCAAUGGGAAGCCCACAAGCAAGAUUUGAGUGCAAGAGCUCUCCCUCCUGUGGUUUCCAGCAACUGGUAUUCAGAAGCAUUACUGCCUCCAGCUGUGGAGGCAGAGCAUAGCCAUCAUGGCUAGUAGCCACCCACAGCCCUCUCCUCCAUGAAUUUGUCUCGUUACCGAAUUUCUCAUGGCAUGCAUAAUUUCAUAAACUUCUGUCAUGUCGCUUCUUAUUUAACCAAUUUAAAUUUGAUUAUCUUCUUGGGUUUAGCCACAGAAUCCAUACAAUCAGUGGUUCAGUAGAGAUUCUCUGUGUGUUUAAUCACAAAUAAAGACUUGAACUUGGGUGAAAUAAUAAUUGUUAUUGCAAUAUCUACUUUUUAUAUCUGCUUUUAAAAAACAUUCCAAGAUGCUAUUUGGCACCCUCCCUCAGUUCCUCUGCCAACUCAUCUUGCUUUAUAACAUAUCUAUAGUUCAGAGUUCCAUCAUUAUUCAGAACAGUUUCUGUAAAGUCUUAAAUGAGGUAUUUGCAUAUACUGGUGGUGCUGAGUGUCUGUCUCCCUCAAUAUUUGAAUAAGAAAUAAAACAAUGGCAUAUUGUCAUUCAACCUAUGUCCUUUAGUUACUGAUUUUGUUCCUCACAAUUUGCUAGAAUGUAGAGAAGGGGUGUCCAACUCAAAUGGGUUAUGGAACCAAAUUACACACAGAGAGAAAGAGAGUUUUGUAAUAAAUCCUUGAUCAAUUUUGGCAGAAGAGUAGGGUGUUAGGAGGAUUGGUGAAUUAAAGCACAUCUCCUCUACUCACCCCCCCCCCCCCCGAAUACCAGCUCUUCCUCCAAAGACCAAAUGCAUACAAACAACAUGCUCCAAAAUCCUUUCACGUUGCAGAAACAGCUGCUGUUAUCACAUGCUUGCCUACACACAUGCACACACUCCUGCCAGCCAAAACAACCUCUGUCGCACAAGGCUCGGCUGCCUGUUCCCAUAGCUUUCAUUUUUGGUUGCAAGUGACAAAUACAUAAGAACAGAGGGAGAGCCUGUGGGAUCAGACCAAUAGCCCAUCUAGCCCAGCGACCUUUUCUGACAGUGGCCAACCAAAUGCCCCAAUGAGAAGUCCACAAUCAGGAUCUGAGGAUAAGAGCACUCUCUGGUGGCUUCCGUAAUUAUGUAAGAAGAGCCCCUGCUGAAUACCCGGUGGCCCAUCUAGUCCUGCAUCCUCUUCUCACAUGGCCAACAAGAUGCCUUGUGGGAUCCUCUCUAGCAGGACCCGAGUCACUGGUGAGACUCUGUUCUUUCUGCUGGACUGCUAAUAAUUUAAGUGCAAUGGAGAGAGGCUAAUGUAGUUAUCAUUAGGAGACCAGCCCCCUUGCCCUACUGAUAACGUGCCUCUCUAGCGUUGAAGUCAGCUCUUUUAUCGUCUGGGGUGCUAUGGGCCACUGGGGGGGGGGUCCGGAAAGGCUCUUGUGCCUUAAAGUGGACACUCAGGUUGCAAACGUGAUCCGUGCGGGAUGCACGUUCGCAACCCGCAGUGUUCGCAACCCGUGUCUGCGCACACGCGGGUUGCAAUUUGGCACUUCUGCGCAUGCGCAAAGCGCAGUUUAGCUCUUUUGCGCAUGCGCAACCACCGAAACCUGGAAGUAACCCAUUCCGGUAGUUCCAGGUUUCGGCGGUCCGUAACAUGAAGAAACGCAACCUGAAGCGUUUGUAUUUGUGUCAGCACUGACAUUGGCAGCAUUCAACUUACUUAGAUUGUAAUUUUAACUGAUUCUGAUCUGCUCAGUUUUAUUUCACUUAGGGUCGGAACUUAAGAAGAAAAUGUGCUUCUUUACCUAGAAAUAGGUGCUGUUUACUGCACUUCCUUUUGCUUAAAGUAAUAUCUUUUUAAUGCAUCAUUUUAAUCAAGCAUGUCAAAACUGGAUGCAGUGUUAUCAAAUGCCGCAGAUGAAAGUAGGAAUGUUUCCUUAAAAAAAAUCCCAACAAUUCUUAACUUUAUUUUUCAGUUUCUAAAAGGACACGUAACAAACAUAAACAUGUUAUCCCUAACCCCCAAUAAACAUUCCAUGCUUAUACCACGUAAGAAAUGCAGCCAAACAUUAAAUUUUUAAAUAGUUUAGAGUGGAUCACAUCAGUUAAAUGUCUCCGUUGUCUAGGGUGAUGAUAAUGCCAAGGUUUCAUAUUUGAUCCCCUAUGGGACAGCUACAUAUACCUGCAUUGCAGGGGGUUGGACUAGAUGAUCCUCAGGGUCCCUUGCAACUCUACAGUUCUACUCUCUGUCUUAACAGAUUUGCCCAGAGGAAGCUGUGGGCAGCUGUGGGUGGGGGGCAGCACUGCCCUUUCCAGCACACUGAAUAUACAUGGGCCAGGGGCCAUACAGUUUCAAAAUCACCGUUGGCCUUUGUGUUCCUGAGCACGCUAAGAUGCUUCAUUCAUUUCUCUAUAAGGGCUGUGUUGCAUAGCCUAUCUCACCAUGCCUCCAGAGUUAAGUUAGUAGCUGUUUUCUAAUACUGCCUUAUUUAAUCAGUUUCCACCAUUUCUUGUUUUUCAGAAUUUUCUAAAGUGUCAAGGAAUUGCCAAGCUAACCCAAAUUUCAAGGGACCCAAAAAUACGCUGCCACUUUUGACUAAGGAAGAAAAGAGGGACUAUCGUCAUCUCUCAUACCAGAACUCCCACUUCAUGCUGCAAGAGCCAAGGCUGGAGUCGCCAAUUUAAGUUUGUUUUCUAAGGUAAAUCAAAGGUCUCCACAAUCUUUUCCAAGCAAGAAGAUAACUGUGGGCAGCUUUCAUGUGGCUGUAUAAAUUUCUGUGGGAAAAUGCUUGUAUCUUAGUUUGCCAACCGCGGUAAGAUAGGUUUGACCGCAGGCAGAAGGAGCAGGGGUGAGCCAGGAGCUCUUCACUGCCCUCCCUUACCGGGUUUCAGAGUGAGCUUUUAAAAUGCAGUGUCUUGGCAUUCUUUUUUACGUAUCGCAAAGCUUUAUUGCAGUGACACAUUUUUAAUAUCACAUUUUUCAUAGCAAUUGUUAAUUGGACAAACAUAAAUGGGAUUCAGCCUUAGGUGCCGACCACAAGUCAUUUGAAUAAUUAAUAUUUAUAAAUACUGGUGUGGGUGUAACAUAUUGUUCUAGAUUAGUAAGAAACACUACUUGAUAUGACAAUGAUAUUUUAUGUAUUACUUGUGCUAAAUCCAUAAACCGAUUAUAAGAAGGUAGUAUUAUUAUCAUUACAGUAGUGUGUAAUACUAAUUUAUUUGCUAAAUGGACUGCAAUUUGUUUUCUAAUACUCCCCCUAGCAACAGAUCCAGGAGUUGGUUCUUAAAAUAUUUUCAGGAGCAGAGUCACACAUUCAGCCUAUUCAUUUUUCACAAUAUUGUUUUGAAAUCUUCCCUAAAAUAUCCCAGCAGUGUUUUGGCUUUCUUGUGAUGGGCACGGUCCUGUUUGAUAAAAUUUCUAUGGAGGCCAAUCCAUGAGGUCUCUCAAUUAUCCCUGUAUAUAUGAAAGAUCCAAGGAUACUUUGCUGGAGAAGCUGGAUAAUGUGAUAAACCUACACAUGGUUUUGGACAGCUAAGUCGCAGUUGAACUCAGUGACAGAGGCAUGUUGAGGGUUGUUUGCACCCUUGGCGAGGAGCUGUAUCGUUCUCCCCAACCCAAAACCCCCCACUUCUCCCAUGUUUGAUCUCACCGCUUAUUGAACAUACAAUUAAGCUGUAAUUAUCACUGGCCGUAUUUUUUGCAUCUCAUUCCCAUUCAGCUACCAUCUUAUAAAUUUCUCCUUUGUAUGCCUUGGGAGGGGAGGGGAGAGAAGAUGAAUAUUUCAAUCCAUGCCUUCUGGAAAUGUGAUAUUCAAGAGUAACGACAACAGGAUUGAGGUUUUAUGCCCUUUUCUAAAUUUUUCCAGCAUUAUGAUAUCCUUUAAGAGAUGUGGUGACCAGAAUUAUAAACAGUAUUUCUAGAGCAGUUGCUCCAUAGACUUGUAUAAAGCGGUUAUGAUAUUGCCAGUUCCGUUUUCAAUCCUUUUCAAAAUGAUCCCUAAGCUUUAAUCCCCCCCCUUUUUUUUUUACCGCUGCCACAACUGGAUCAACAUCUUAAUUGAUCCAUCCACUAUGACCAUAAGAUGUCAUUCUUGGUCAGUCACCACCAACUCAGACCUCAGUAACAUAUGUAAUGUUAGAAUCAGCAGGCAUCACUUUACACUUGUUAACAUUGAACCAGUUUUGUGAUUUUAAUUCUCAUUCACCCCGUUUGGAGAGAUCCUUUUGGUCGCCUCAUAGCCUCUUUUAGUUCAGCAACAACAAUAACCCUGUACAACUUAGUGUCAUCAGCAAACUUUGCUGGACUAGAUGAUUCCAUUUCUGUUAACUUCCCCCUUUUUUUAAGGGAAAUCCUAUUCGGAAUAAGGGAAUUUCCCUUUAAAAAGUGGAUACGUUGACAGCUAUGGAUGAUCCUCAGGGUCCCUUCCAACUCUAUGAUUCUGUGAUCUCCAGAAAGGACUAGAAAGAUGCUGUGUCUCAUGCUGCAAACCUAGGUUCAAAAAGCAGACAACAUGCAUCCAGUAAAUUAAACUCACUAUCACAGAUGGAUAGGACCGGAACGAUGAAUUAAACCAGAAUGGUUUUCUUAUCUAUUUCAAGAUAUAAGAGUAUUUACCCUACUUUCACUCCCUGCUCCAUACCAAACACACCAUCAGAUACACAAAAUAAAACUUCAGAAUGGGUAGGUCCACAGAAAGGGUAAAGGUAAAUGACUCCUGGACAGUUAAGUCCAGUCAAAGGUGACUAUUGGAUCAGGAAAGGAAACCCAAAGGAAAUCUUCCUUUUUUGUCAUAAUUUUCAGUCUGCUCUCCCCAGCCCUGCAUUCCUAGGGGAAAAAAGAGAGAUGCAGCAGAACCCAAAUAAAGGGGGGAAACCGUUAUUCUGCAGGGAAGCCAGGAAAAAUAUUAUUAUUAGAAGAAAUGAAAGCCAAAGCAAGAGAAGAGAGGCACUGCUUUGCUGCUAGAGCCGUUUUGAGAAGCAAAACCAGAACCAAUUAGAAACCCCUUAAAUAACCAGCCAGCACAGCAAGAGGUCCACAAGUAAAACUUGCAAACCUCAAUGGAUCUCACACUGAGAGACUAUCUGAAAUUCCCCAGAAGAUACCAUCAGUUGCUACCUGCAAAGUUAGUGAUUUAAGGGGUGAAAAUCAGCCAAAUCUCACCUCCUGCUCCUGGCCCAAGAGAGAAGUAGUCCAUUUUACUGCUUGCGAGCAGUUUGUUUGCUUGCUUAUGCAAAUCGUACAACAAUUGAAAGUUUUCCUCUUCAGCACAUCAAAAGGCUUUCUGGAGAGUGGGCUGAAAGGCUGUCUUCGGCUCUUCUACCCAACCAGAGGAGAGUCCCAAAUCUCGCAGCAGGAAAUCUCAACUUGGUUGCAAGGGGGUGCUCCUGAGUUGCAGAAAACAGCUAGAAACUUGGGACUUUUUAGUGGCCAUGACCUCUGGAUCUUUGAAGAUUUACUCUUGGAUACAAACUCUUAGAAAUAAUUGCAUCCUCUGGAGAGUGUGGAUGAUUGGUAAAUUACUUUUUAAAAAAUAUUUUUACUGUGUUAGGCAUUAUUCCCUCUCCUGCUUAGUUUUAAGCUGUUAAAUUAGAUUGGUUCAUUUGUAUUGUUUUAUACAACCGUAUAACAUUUUUUUGGUAUUGAUUGAUUGAUGACAUUUCUAAUUGUUCCUAGCAUACGAUCCCAGAAAUUGCAUAUAGGCAAGCCUUUGGAACUGCCCCACAACUAGUGAAUGAGGGUUAGAAAGAGAGAAUUCCCUGUUCUCCCAGAGCCUGUGUACAAAUUAAGUCUUGCCCAGCAAGCAAGGCGGAGAGCUUAGAAUCCGUUUUCACUCUGGUUCCUCAUGGGUUACCCAGUGCAAAACAAAGUGUUAAGCUCUCCACCUUGUUUACAUUUAACAAUCAUUUCUGUGCUCCUUCUCUACUCCUGCUGCUGCCAGGAAACAAGUCAGAGUCUAGUUCAGUGGUUCCCAAAGGGGCAGUAGCACUACCUGGUAGAGGUGGGAUUAUGUAAGGGGGUUCUAAGAGGCAAGGGGACAGCAGGAGGCGCUGAGGGUGUAAAUGACGCUCAGACUUUGAAAAGCUGCUGUCACUGGAUCAAGUUCAUCAGUUUGGUUCAGGGGUCAGCAACCUUUUUCAGUCGUGGGCCGGUCCACCGUCCCUCAGACCUUGUGGUGGGCCGGACUAUAUUUUUAAAAAAUAAACAAAUAAAUGAAUUCCUAUGCCCCACAAAUAACCCAGAGAAGCAUUUUAAAUAAAAGCACACAUUCUACUCAUGUAAAAACACCAGGCAGGUCCCACAAAUAACCCAGAGAAGCAUUUUAAAUAAAAGGACACAUUCUACUCAUGUAAAAACACGCUGAUUCCCGGACCAUCCAUGGGCCGGAUUGAGAAGGCGAUUGGGCCGCAUCUGGCCCCCAGGCCUUAGGUUGCCUACCCCUGGUCUGGUUGGAUCAAUUAAACGGAACAGUUUUUGUUGGAUUUUGAAUAAAUGUGCAAGUAACUGAUACUGUUCCAAAUUUUAUUAUCUUAUUAUAUUCCUUAGUGGAUCAUGAAAACCGCUAUUCUAAAUAACAUUCUUUAUAAGGUAAGGUUGGUGGGGAAUGGGCACCAGCUUAUUGGAACCAAGGGGCUGAUGGGCCAAAACUGUUAGGGAACCAGUGGACUAGCUUGUUGCGAUGUCCAAACUUGGGCUUUUGGUUUGUUUUUCUCCAAACAAGGAGCAAAUAAGGAGCUUACUGCUUGGAAGUUUGCUUUUUCCAAAAGAAACCGCACAGCCAUGAACUCUGUCCCUUUUCCUGGCAACAUAGCAGGAGUUGUGGCAGUGGGCGGGGGGAGGGAGGGGAGAGAGAGCAAAGUGGGAAUUUUUUAGCCAUGUCUGAAAAUGAGGUUUCAACCAUGGUUCAACAUGAUGGUGUGAACUUGACAGUAUAGACGCUGUCUGUAUUUUAGCAAUCAAACCUAUGGCUAGUCUCUUGAUGCUCCUUGUGGCUCUUAUUUCAGACCACCUUCUCAGAUAAAUCCCUUUGUCUGAAUUUAUUUAUUAUUUCACAAAAUUUAGACAUGGCUUGAUUAUUUUUAAAAAAAACCCACAACAACCCUUCAACGUGGUUUACAAAGGGAACAAAGCAAUAAAAUUAUCACUAAAAACAGUAAAAAAAAACCCCUCUUAUAAACAUAUAAAAGAUUAAAGCAGCAAUAAAUGAAAAACAGAUUAAAGCGUGUGUCAGCAUUCUACAUGUCUGCGCAGGUAGGUCUAAACAAAAAUGUUUUUAGCAGGCACUGGAAAGAGUGCAUUGAAGGUGCCUUGCCUGAUGUCAAUAAGCAGGGAGUUCCAGACUAUAGGUCCAGCAACACUAAAAGAUUGAUUUCUUGCAAAUCCUGAACAGGCAGCGCCCAUAAUAGUGCUAAUGCCACAGAUUGAAGCAGUCAGGGUAAGGCAGUCUCAUAGACAAACUGGUCCCAAGGUGCUAAUGGCAAUCUUUUUGUUAAGCCCCACUCGCUGAAUAAGGAAAGGUAUGGGGUUUUCUGCCUUCUCCCUCCAAACUUCCACCUUUCUCACUCAACGUGUAGGCCAACAAUCCCCUCUUUUCUUUCCCUCCUUUCCAGGUCACGGGCAGCCUGCGCGCCCCCUUUCGCAUUCCACCCCCGAGGCCUCACAGUUGAGAUGAGGAAUUCAGACGAGCAAACGGCCACGACAGUUUUACAGCGCCUGCUGCAGGAGCAGCUGCGAUAUGGGAACCCAAACGACAGCCGCAACCUCCUCGCUUUGCACCACCAAGCUACGGGCAACGCACCCACUUUCGCCAGCAACGGGAGCCCAGGGGCUCCAAGCGAAGGGCUGAGCCCUCAGGACCACCAGGCCGGAGCCCAUGUUGCCCGCCAGGAGCCCCAGGGCCAGGAAAUACAAAUGGACAACAGUGUCAUGGAGAAGCAGCUCUCCCCAAGGCUCCAGAACAGUGAAGACCUCCCAACCUAUGAGGAAGCGAAAGUCCAGUCCCAGUACUUCAGGGGCCAACAGCACGCCAGCGUUGGGGCGGCAUUUUAUGUGACGGGGGUCUCCAACCAGAAGAUGAGGACUGAGGGGCGCCCGACAGUCCAGCGUGUGAGCCCUGGGAAGGUCCACCAGGACGAAGGACUCAAGGACCUAAAGCAAGGGCACGUCCGCUCCCUGAGCGAGAGGCUGAUGCAGCUGUCUCUGGCCACCAGUGGUGUGAAGGCCCACGCGCCCGUCACAAGCGCCCCGCUCUCCCCGCUCUCUUCCCAGCAGACCAACGACUUCUACAAGAACUCUGUGACAGCCCCGCCCCAGCCAAAUAUGAAAGGGAUGGAGCACAGGGGGCCUCCUCCCGAGUACCCCUACAAAAACAUGCCCACCCCUCCGAUGAGCUGUAAGCAGAUGGACCCCGGGCAUUUCUACAGCGACCACCGCCUGGGUCAGCAAGGCCGAGCUGACGGGCCACUGAUGAGGUACCAGCAUCCUCCUGAAUAUGGAUCUUUCAGGUAAGCAGCCUGCCUUUCAUGCACGAAACCAAAGAAAGGGAGCAAAUCAGCCCAAGGUCCUCAAAGGGCCCAGAACGAGCUACAGUAAGCCCGCAACAUACACAGGGCUUAUGUUCCAAGGCUAAAAUCGCUUAUAGUCAAGACACAUUGGGUUCAGUGGCACGCCAGAUUGCCAAAGUCAUUUUUCCUGGAACCCUGCACCCUGUCAACCCCCUUUUAAUUUUUUUUGCAACACACAUAACUGCUGAUUGCACACAAGUUAAAUGCACAUAAGUUGUGGGCUUACUGUAUUUUGUUGGCGCUUUUGAGAAUUUCUUCUCAGCUUUUUCCUUACCUGUCUGCACAAACCAUCCUUGGGAACUUGUGGUAUUUUCAGGUGAUGUCUCGGUUUUGUACUUCGCUAAUGGGAAUCAAGAGAAAAUAAGGAGCCUGCAGGAUGCAGGCCAAUGGCCCAUCUAGUCCAGCAUUCUGUUCUCACAGUGGCCAACCAGAUGCUCAAGAGCCCUUUUCCUUACUGUGGUUUCCAGGAACUAGUAUUCAGAACCAUUUCUGUCUCUGACACUGGAGGCAAAACAUGGCCAAUCAUGGUGGCCAGUAGCCGUCCUAAUGUGAAACUGGCUUUCCUUAAAAACAGCUGGAGGAACAAGAGGACUUCCUGAUAGCUGCACCUGUCACUGAAAAGUGCUGUAGGCAGAAAGGGAUGUGAGAGGCCUGACCCUUCCAGGAUAGAGGUUACUAGAGUGGUAAUUCUCCCGCUGGUGGUUUUACAUAGCAGUUACUGGGUCAUCACUCAGGCUAGCAGCAGUCAGCUCAGUCAAGCUUCCCAUUCACUUAGAUCUGUGCAUCAUUCCUUCUUGGUUGCACCUAUUGACUACCAGUGUAGAUCUUGUGGCAACCAGAGAAAGAUAUUUUGCUGGUGUAGCACAUUUGUUACUCCGGUUCCCUGCUGGAGUAUGUUUUAGAGUUUGUUAGAGACUGAUAUAUAUAAACAAACACUCGCUCAUCUUUUUACCAGCCUCUUGAGUGACAUGUUUUCUGUUUGGCAUUGUUGCAGGGAGGUUACUAUGAGACUGUUGUACAGUAUUUGUGAUUUUUGCGUACUACUGUUUCAGUGGGUUUUUUCUUUGUAAACCAUCCUGGAAUUUGAUAACAAAGAGCAGUUAUAUUUGUAAGUUAAGCAGAUAACUAAAAUAAUAGACUGUAGAAAGCUGUGAUAGUCAGAGCUGUUGCUCUGUCUAUCUCAGUAUGGUCCACACUGAGUGGCAGCGGUUCUCCUGGGUGUUGGGCAUAAGAUACCUAGGGAUCCCAUUGAGAAUUGAAUUGGCACCUUCUUCAUGCAGAGCAGACGCUGUACUCCUCAGUUAGCUAUGGCUCCUGCUGUGGACAUCUGUGGCUUUCAAACUUACUUCCCCCAGGGCACAAGUGCCACAUCAAUUUAUUCACUACAGAAUGCUUGCCCAUUGCAGAGGAUUCUGGGAAAUGUUCCAGGGUACCCUCUUCCAUGCCUUUCCCUUUUGCUCUCCAUGAACAGAAACCACACUCUGCAGCAGGAUGCUGUCAGCUCUCUGUGGCUGCUCUUGUGGUGUACUGCAUGGUUGAGCAAGGGUUUCGUUGAAUAUAGUCUGAAUUAGAACCUGGUGGUGUGUUCAGCAAGCCCAACCCUCUCAUUAGACAGUGUGAGGCAGAUUCUCAGGGGCAGCUGCAGCUCACAGUUAUUGCUCCAGAGCCUCUAGCAACUCCCCUCUGUUGCCACAUAGCCUCCCUUUGUCCCGCCACUGCAAUUUGGCCUGCUGCCUCAGGGUUGGUGGAGGAUGCUCUCCCAUUGCUAGUGUUCAAGUAAGAUCCAUUUGCCAGUUCGGUGGGAUUCCAGGACCUGGAAGAGAGCUCCAUCUGGCCCAGCCUUCAAACCUUUAAGAGCCAGUGUGGCGUAGUGGUUUUGGACUAGGACCUGGGAGGCCAGAGUUCAAAUCCCCACUUGGCCAUGGAGCCCCGGUCACUGCCUCUUAUAGCCUAACCUACCUCACAAGAUUGUAGUGGGCGUUAAAUGAGGAGGGGGAUAACCAUGUGUGCCACCUUUCGCUCCUUGGAGGAAAAAAGAAGGGAUCUAAAUGUGAUAUAUAAACAAACUAUCCUUUCUGUCUUCAAAUCUUUAUUGUUAUGAUCAAUGUAAGAAGCACACAAAACACAUUGUCCAGAUAUGCUGAGUAGGGUUUAAAAUCAAUCAGUUCAGUCAUUUAUUCAUUGCAUUUCCAUCCUACCUUUUCCUCUUAAAGAGCUCAAGGUGUGGUGUGCAUAGCUCUGCCCCUCACUUAAUGAGAUUCACGGCCAAGUGGGUAGGUGGGUGAGAUUUGAGUCCUGGUCUCUUCCAGGUCCUCAUCCCCACACUGGCUCUUGCCUUCUUGACAGCAAAUAGAAUCAUUCUACAGGAGAACAAAGCAUUAAAACAAUGGACAUGGGACAAAGUCGUAAGCAUCUGUUUGUUUGUUUACAAAAAUAAUAAUUCAAAAUACAGUUAAAAUUGACGAUUGAGCUGAAAUAUAACUAAAUUGCAUUUCAGCAUUCCACAUAUCUAGAUAGGCUUGCCUAAACAAAAAUGCUUCUAGCCUUCGCCAAAAGGAGUACAGGGAAGGCGCAUGCCUGAUGUCAGUUGUUGCCUUGACCGUGUACAUCCCCCUUGGUAUGUGUUCUUGGAGAGGCACUGAGAUAUCUCUCUCUGUCUGUCUGUCUCUCUCUUGUUGUAUGGACGCAUAGGCGUUUUCCUUCCACAUUGGUUCCACACUUGCCUCACUUGCGGAGGGAAGAGUCUGGUGUUCUUGAGUCUAUAGGAUUCUUGCUGUGCUUUUGGCUCAGGCAUUGAUGAUGGAGCGUUUUUUUUCCAAAUCUGGUGCCUCCAAAGAUUGGAAAUGUAAGCCUAGGCUUACCGGCUGCUUUGUUUCACUGAAGAAACGUGUUCUCCCAUCCAGGAGUGACUCUGUUACCUUCUACACUUCACGAUACGACAUGUGAGUUGUCCCAAAUAUCAACGAAAGUUCUGUGCAUUUUUCAGAUUGCAGGUAGACCACUGAUGGGGUUUUGCUGGAUGAAUUCUGCGCUGCUUCUCUGUUUUAAGCUUUGGUUUGCAUGCAUGAUUUGAAAUUAGUUGUAUAAUACCUCUGAAUAGAGAUUGAAGAGCAGCAGGAAAGGACUCCCCCCCCCUUUCUGAUUGUUGGUUGAUGUAUUCUAAAUUUUGUCUUUGCAGAAAAGUUUGCAUUGCAGAGGGGGUUCGACUGGAUAAUCAUUUGGGGGCCUUCCAACUCUUCAAUUCUGUGACUCUAUGAAAUGAGAACUAUGAUUGCUGCCCAGCUUGGACCAGAAUUUAUUUAUUUGUCCCAGUCAGCAAAUUGUGUCCAAUAUUCUAGCCAGUGGGAAUAUUAAAAGAGUUUACCUGAGCACAUGCAGAGUGCCUUUUCCUCCCAUUGAGCAAGGGAGCCACCAGCUGCUACUGCUGCUGCUGCUGCGCUGACAGUCAGCUUUAUUGAACACAGCCAAAGGCAUUUCCAGUACAAAAAUUAUAUAGUUUCUAAAGCAAUGCAUGAAUUAAAGGAGAUGCAUGUUGCAGAAAGUCACAGGACAACCAUUAGUAGCCAUGUGUGCCAUCCAGCAAGGGUAACGAAACAUUGUGUUAAGAUUUAUAAUACAUGAUAAUUCUUGACAGUGCAAGUUUAGCUACCGAAUGUGUAAUGUGUUUAUCAGCUAGACAUUCUGAAUACAGUUGAAGAAUAGGGGAUAAAUAUCUCUCUUUGGGCUCCAAAUGGAAAGGGCAGAACAGCAAAUUUUAUUUCUUACGCAAAUUUUAUUCCUAAAGACUAUAUAUAAUCUUUAUUCUCAAUAAUGAGAAUAAUUUUAUUAUCCAUAGGUGCAUAAUACUUUUAUUUUUAUAAAUCUUUAUUAUUUGUAAAAGGAAUAUUUGUAUAAGUUAAUACUUUAUUAUUUCUUUGGACCUGUACUAUAGCUUUGUACUUUUGUCCUUCCAUGCUGCGGCACUUAAUGGCUUAAAUUUUUGAUUCUUUGUUAUGUCUGCACUUCAUUGCAAUUAUCAAAUCAAUAAAAGAAAAGCAGAUAUGCAUGGAGAUAUGCAUAAUAUUUUAGAUCUGAUUACAACUGAAUAUCCAUAUCCAUUCUGCAACUGAGAUUCCAAGGUGUCUCCUGUCCAAAUAUGCUGAGGGCAUCUGCCGAAACCUAGGUUUUGUAAAAGCUCCGAGGAGCUGUGAAUAGAAAUAACGGCGCCUUGAAUGAUUGAUCUUGAUUUUAGGUGUACCAGACGGGGGGGGAAAAGCAUCAACCACAGAUGCUUUGUCUUGAUCAACAUCAUGAUCCAAAAUCCAGUUCCUGAGAACAUGGGGACUAAGAUAUUUCCGCAUGGGGAGAUUACAAAUCCUUUGUCUAUCUUUUAUUUAGGGCUGCCAUUUAUCUGGGGGGGGGGGGAUUUUGGAUUCUGAGGUUUUCCUUAAAAGAAAAACUCAACAACUUUAUUAUUAUUAUUUUCAUUAAUUAUUUUAUUUUAUUUAUUGCCUACCCAUCAUCCUAGGGACGCGGGUGGCGCUGUGGGUAAAACCUCAGCGCCUAGGACUUGCCGAUCGUCAGAUCGGCGGUUCGAAUCCCCGUGGCGGGGUGCGCUCCCGUUGCUCAGUCCCAGCGCCUGCCAACCUAGCAGUUCGAAAGCACCCCCGGGUGCAAGUAGAUAAAUAGGGACCGCUUACUAGCGGGAAGGUAAACGGCGUUUCCGUGUGCUGCACUGGCUCGCCAGAUGCAGCUUGUCAUGCUGGCCACGUGACCCGGAAGUGUCUUCGGACAGCGCUGGCCCCUGGCCUCUUAAGUGAGAUGGGCGCACAACCCUAGAGUCGGACACGACUGGCCCGUAUGGGCAGGGGUACCUUUACCUUUACCCAUCAUCCUAAGGUCCUGGGGGGCUUGCAAUAGGAGUACUAUUUAAUAGAUCUCUUACAUGGAAGAACACAAAAAUUAUAACAGUGAAAUAGCGUUUCAAAUGCUCCAACCAGCAAAGCUUAGCGUUCCAGGCUGUUUAGUCUAUGACAAUAGCUGAUGUACUCUAAACAGAUUCUAGCUGCAAUCGAUGAAGGACCAAGCUCAAGGCUCCCGUGUCUGCUUCAUAAACUUAUUCUGCAGAAUUUCCAGCUCAGAUUUGGCUCCUAUUCCCCAAGUUUAUGCCCCACGUAACAUUUGUGCUAUGAUUUUAGCCACAAAGAUCUCAAGAGCAGUAUCGAUUAAUUAGCCGCCUUUUGUAUGGACCUGGCAUGCAGUAAUUUAAUUGCACCCAUAAGAGUUUCUCAUCAUGUGGAUCUGUUCAAGGGCAUGCCCAUCUAAUGACCACCUGAACUUAGGUGCCUUCUUCCUAUGUCUAAUGGCCUUAGUUUUCCUAUUGUUUACUGCCAGCUGAUCUUCUUUUACAGAGUUGCCCAAAUUUGGUUAAUGUUCCUUUAAAGCCUGUUCUGUUCGAGGAGAGCAAGACCAGGUCAUCAGCCCAAAGCAUUUCAGACAAAUUACAAUUUCCAAUUGAAGGGGGAAAGUAGGAAGGGGAAAGCCGUACAGCCAUACCUCGGGUUGAAUGUGCUUCGGGAUGAGCGUGUUUGAGUUGCACUCCGCGGCAACCCGGAAGUAACGGAGUGUGUUACUUGCGGGUUUCGCCGCUUGCGCAUGCGCAGACGCUCAAAAUGACGCCAUGCGCAGAAGCACCGAAACGUGACCCGCGCAGAUGCGCGGACACGGGUUACGUUUGCUUCUAAAUGCGAACGGGGCUCCGGAACGGAUCCUGUUCUCAUCUAGAGGUACCACUGUACCUGGAUUUAAAUAGUUAAUAGUUACUAGAAAUUACGCCAAAAUAUAGCCUUGUUUCAUUCCUUGCUUGAUAAGAAAUGCUCGUGAUAAGGUAAAUAAUUCUCUUGAUGUUGUAACUGAAUAACCAGAGUAUUAUUUUAUCAAUGUUUAUGCUAUAAUCACUCUCUGUUAAAUUAAAGGCUGAUGAACAUGAACAGUGGCUAUAAAAAUGAACUUGUUUGGAUUGUUGGUGUCUUCACAAAUUUGCUGAUAAGUCUGGUCUACAGUACUCCUGCCCUGCAUGAAACCUGCUUGUUUUUUCACAGAUUGUUUCCUAUCCCAUUCUUGUAACUUAUUUAGUUAACUUAUAUAGUUUAGAGACUACAUCUUAUAUAGUUUAGAGAUUACAUCUAAAAGACUGGUAGGUCUGUAGCUCCAGGGCUCUGAGCGAUCACUUUUCUUAAGGAUUGGCAUGGCACAACUAUACGGGAACGCCAUCUUGAAGGAAAGUGACCAGUUGUGUUGCUAAGUUCGCCAGAAUUGGAGACCACCAACUAACAGCUAAAGUCAUGUCUUCCGCUCUGCUCUGAAAGUCAGACCUAUGAAUAAUUGCCUAAACCAGAUGCCUAACUCUGUGUGAGAUCAGGCAGUGAGCCUUCCCGAUGCACAGGGUCAUCAGAGCUUGAGGCAUUCAAACCCACAAAGAUGAAAAACAUCCUCUCCCCUGGUAUGUAGUUGAGCAGCUUUGUGGAAGUCUAGGUCUACUUGCCAAGAAGGUGGCGUCCAGCCCUGAGGAGGAAAAAAACACUAUUUUGCAUGGUGUCUUUCAAAAGUGGUGAGCACUUUGCUCUUAGGUUCUUUUUUGCGUAAAAACAUAAAUUGGGUUUGUGCUAAGUCAGGGUAGUGCUAAGUCAGUAGUUCUGUUGGCGCAAAGAUUUCUCCUUGCACAGCGGAACUUUCCCACUUCUUCUCUCCCCCCCCCCUAAAUCUAUUCUGGAGUUCAUUCAGUCCUCUGGAGCCAGUGUGGAGUAAUGAUUAGGGUGUGGGACUGUGACCUGAGAGAGCAGGGUUCAAAUCCCCACUCAGCCAUGAAGCUCACUGGGUGACUUUGGGCCAGUCAGCAUCUCUUGGCCUAACCUACCUCACAGGGUUGUUGUGAGGAUGAAAUGAGGAGGAGGAGAACCAUCUACACCACCCUGAGCUCCUUGGAAGGUAAAGGGAGUUUAUAAAUGUAAUAAAGAAAGAAAUAAAAUAAAGAUGCAGGGCAGGGAACAUGAGACAUAGAGAGGGAGAUGCCUUGUUGUGCUAACAGUAGUCCUUGAGCUGAUUGGACACUUUAGUUCAGUGGUUCCCCAAGUGGGCAAUAGCACAUACCCACACCCCAGGGAGUGCUAACAGGCAGGGAGGCGCUGGAGGUUUCACUGACUGUCAGACUUCAAAAAACUGGUAUCACCAGAUCAAGUUCAUCAGUUUUGUUAAAUUAAUUAAACUGAAUAGUUUCAAUUGCAUUUUGAAUAAAUGUGCGAUUAAUCAUUGCUGUUCUGAAUUUUCAUUGUCUUGUUACCUUCCUUAGUGGAAUGUGCAAACCGCUAUUCUGAAUCAUGCUUUUUAUAGGGCAGGGGGCAUUGGGGCUGAGUUUACGGAACCAGCCUUCAAAAACAGUUCAGGAAGCCUUUGGUUUCUUUCAUGCAGGAAAACCAAUCUCUGCGUUUUCCUAAAUACUCUGCUUUUCGGUUCCUGUUUAGGACCCUUAAAUCAGGCCAACCUGUGACUCUCAGUGCUGGCUGGAGCUGAUGGAGGUUGGAAGGCAACAACUUCAGGAGGGCCACAGGCUCCCCACCCUUCCUUUGAUUAUUCAAAGACCUGAACCUCUCAUGUAUUAUUUAAUCUUUACCCAUCUCAUCCCAAUACAGUAUUUUUCUGCCCUAACCACCGGAAGACAGGGUGAUUAAUACAUCCUGCACUUACACUUGCAAAUAGCAUCCCUACGGAAUAGCAUCCCUGUAAUCGCCAACUGCCUGCACUUUCUAUAAACAAUCAAAAGAUAUCGUUGAUUCGAAAGGUUUUCUGUUAGGGUUUUAGUCUUGUUCUAAAUGCACUUGCUGUUUUUAACUUGUUUAAAUCACUUUGAGAUGGUGGUUUAGAAACUGACAGAUUGCUCAUGAUUAUGAUAAUAAAAUAUACUACUACCGCUACUAUUAAUGUUAAUAAUGUCCUUUCCUAGAGGCUCAUUUUCUAUGGGAACUUCAAUCAACAGACAGCCUUUGGGUGUUAGUGUAUUAGAGUUAUUUCUUGUCUUGGAGCAUUUUUUUCUGCAUUGGGGUAGCACAGUCUCCUCCACUCCCCAUGGUCAGAUUCACCAUAUUUUUAUUUAAAUCAUAGCAAUCAAUUCUAAAUCUGUCUCUAUGCUUAUAAAUCAGCACACCGAUUUAAUGCAAAAUCUGUAUCUUCUGGUGAAGCAUUUCUUCCUUUUGGGCUGUGAAUCCCGUUCUGCAUAUUUGAAUUUAAAUAUUCACAUGACUUCAUUUCCCUCUUUUUAGGAGAACUUUAGAAUGCUUUUUUUGCCAGAAGCAGCUAAAAUUUCACCUCUAUAGUAUGUACAAGGAUUCACUCCUCCCUUCUUUUUAACCUGAAUAACCCCCAUUGUGAAGACAGUUGUAACAGAAGAACAGUAAGAAGACUUAAACACAUAAUUCCUAACUUGUAAUUUGUGGAGGGAGGCAAUAGCAGCAGCAAUGGGGGUGUGGAAGUGAGACUCAGGUGGCAAUUAAUUAAUUCAGGUAAUAUUAUGCAAUGGAAGCAGGGCAGCAGCGGACUAAGAACACCUAAAACUUAGAAAUAAAUUCCUUGCCCUCCAACCAAGAGCUCAGAGCAGCUGAGAGCACUUGUAGGCUGCAUACUUUUUGCCAUUCAGUUCAUUUUCAUUGUUAAUUAUUACUGUACUAGAGGUUAUUUACAACCAAAAUAUUAAAAAAAAACACCACCCCAUAUUUCCACCCUAUAACUACAGUACAGUUGUAUUUUAUGCAGUGGUUUGGUUCCAGGGGUUCAAUAUGUGCACAAAAAUGUGUACAGUUGUACCUUGGUUUUCAAACAGCUUAGUUCUCAAACAUUUUGGCUCCUGAACGCCGCAAACCCAGACGUGACUGUUCCGGUUUGCGAACUAUUUUUGGAAGCCGAAUGUCCGACACUGCUUCCGAUUGGCUGCAAGAGCUUCCUGUAGCUAAUCGGAAGCUGAGCUUUGGUUUUGGAAGUCGAAAGGGCUUCCGGAACAGAUUCCGUUCGACUUCCAAGGUAUGACUGUAUACUCAACCUUCCUCCAUAUGAGCAUCUCAACUUUCCAGAGUGACUGUGCUGAGAGGGCCCUGCUAAUGUGAAAUCUCCUGGGAUCUCAAAACAGCCCUGUGAGAUCUCGUGAGUGCAUCCCAGAACCAACGUGACAAGCAGGGCCUUGUCCCCCCAAACAAGGCUGAGAGCUGAAAGGAUAUUUUUGCUCCAGGAAAACCUAGUGCAAAAAGAGCUUUGAAGCUCUCCACCUUUAUCUUGCAGAAUUUCAACCCGUCAGUCUUCAGCUGCGUAUGAUUGAAGUCACAUUAGUUCAAUGCCCAUAAGAUGUACACAAAGCAUAGCUAAAAGCGAACAGAAUCCAAAAUGAACCAGUAAUUCAUUUUGCAUAGGGUACUUUGAAAUAAUACUGUGCUCACAAAAUAUCAGCAAAUGUUAACGUUACUGUCCCCCAAAGCAACUCCUUAGCAUUAAUAAUAAUAAGAAGAAGAAGAAGAAGAAGAAGAAGAAGUAUCUGACUUCAGACUAAGAAGACAAAGCUUGCAAAAUAUGUAGGGCAGGGUUCAACUGUUCAAGACUGCAAUGAACUGCUAAGCUAUUAUGUAUUUAUAUUUGGUUCAGGUCAAGCUGAUCUUCUCUCGCCGAUCUUGCCUAAUAAACAGCUGGCUAGUGGUUGUUGUUCCUUCGGCCAAUGGACAGGGCAAGACUGUCCUUUCGCCUCCUUUCUGCAGUCCCAGACCAUCUGUCACGGCUAUGAAUUCAGCAGGGUUGAGUUUGCAUAUAAGACUUAAUGUGGUUCCUGACAAAUUUAAGGGGGCACACGGACCCUUUUCUCUUUGCUGAAACCACACCCACCUCUUCCUUUACUGUUUGGAGGAGAAAUUGAGCCAGUUGUGGUGUGGUAGCUGGAGUGUCGGACUAGGACCUGGGAGACCAGAGUUCAAAUCACCAGUUGGCCAUGAAGCUUACUGGGUGAUCUUGGGCCAGUCACUCCUUGUCAGCUGGACCUACCUUGCAGGGUUGCUCUGAGGAUAAAAUGGGGAGGAGAAAGACUAUGCAUGUCACCUUGAACUCCUUGCAGGAAAGGUGAGUUAUAAAUGAGAUAAUUAGAUCAAUAAUGAAUACAAUAAACUGUGUCUCAUUCUCCCUCGAUUUUUUGGAGUCGGAGGAGUAGCUUCCAUAGACCAGACCAGGCACUAUAUGGUUUUGUGGAAUCCUUUAUGUUUUUCUGACUAGAACCCUGUGAUCCACUAACUGGAACCAGGUCCCAUAUAGUGGCUUUUGCCUGAUGUGCUUUUUUUUAUGUGAUGUGUGUGCUUUGUGUGUGUGCAGGAGCAGAACAUAGAUUUAAGGACCAGGGUUCCUCUGGGCAUUUGCUUAGCCCACAAAUCAUGACUAGGUCACAGAAUCCGCUACUGCUGCUUAGUCUUUAGAUGGUUUGGGCAGGAUUUUUGUCAAUUGAUCAGUCAUUAAUGAUUGAGGGUGUGGGGUUUGUUUAGCCUGGAGAAGAGAAAACUGAUGUUCUAAGACAUGAUAGCCAUAUUCAAUUAUCUGAACGGCUGUCACAUAGGAGAUGGAGCCAGCUUGUUUUCUACUGCUACAGGGGGUAGGACACAAACCAGUGGCUUUGAGUUACAAGAAAGGAGAUUCCAACUAAACAUCAGAAGGAACUUUAUGACAGUCAGAGCUAUUUGAUAGUGGGGUGGACUUACCUUGGAAAGUAGUAGGCUCCUCUUCUUUGAAGGCUUUCAAGCAGAGGUUGGAUGGCCAUCUUGUUAGAGAUUCUUUAGCUAGAUUCUUGCAUUGCAGAGGGUACGACUGGAUGACCUUGUGGUCUCUUCUGACUUUUCAUGAUUCUGUGAUUUAUUAUCCCGUCACAGACCCAGAGCAUACAAAGAAUAGAAAUGUUGAAGAUUAAUUAAAACAUUUCCUUGUUUAAAAUUCAGUAUGAUGCAAAAGAUAAGAUAUGCACAUAUUUAAAAUACUAUAUGAUAUGGAAAAUAAAACAUGAGAUACAAUUUGCAAUUAACAUGAGUGUUUCAUCUUCGGAGACCUUUCAGCUGAGAAGCAAAACUUGGUCAUUAACGUUGGUAUUCUUUUUAUCCGCCAAGAAAUAUUCCAUUCCUGGGUCUUGCCAGAGUGUUUCUUCAUAAGGGACAAAAGCUUUUUGUUGCUUGGAGAUCUGUUGGUAGAUCCCAAUCUACCUUCUGUCCUGUCCUACCAUAUAUAGUGGUCAUCUGCAUGUGUUCUAGUCGCAUCUUGUGGUGUUAGGGAUAAUCCUUGUUGAAGGUACCUCCAUUGUUAAUCCUCUUCUUGUACUUAAGGGAAAUUCAAAUAUCUCUUUUUGUAAUGUUUAUUUCCCAAUAAACUGAGUCCCUUCCUCCAACUCCUUAGAAUCUGCAUCUCGGAGUGGCAGAUGUCUGUCAUAUCUCUCUGGCACGCAUAGAUGUGUGUAAAUGGACAUGCAUGAUCUCAGAAUGCCAGAUUGCUGUUUGCUGUGGACUAGCAUACCCAGUCCCCCCCCCCUGCCUGGACAACUGUCUGUCCAGAUAAGUAAAUUUAUUAGACAGACAGGCAGUCUUUGAGUAGCAUCUCUUCUAGACGUAGAAUCUCUAUUGUGAGAUUCAAACCCUCUUGCAUGUGAUUUUUAAAAAUAUUUUUUAAAAGAACGAAGUUACCAGGGGGCAUUUACCAGCACACAUUGCUUCAAAUGCCACGGUAGGACAGACUAUUCUAAGAUAAAAUGGAAACCCUCUUAGAAUCAUAGAGUUGGAAGGGACCCUGAGGGUCAUCUAGUCCAACCCCCUGCAAUGCAGGAAUAUGCAGCUGUCCCAUGCAGGGAUCAUACCUGAAACCUUGCUGUUACUAGCACUACACUCUUGUCAGCUCUAACCAACUGAGCUAUCCUGUCUUGCAAGGUCUCUGUUCCCAAUGCUGUUUAACAUCUCCAAGGGCUCACAAGGCCUCAGACGUGAAUUCUGGUGCUUCAUGAGGCACCGGAAGUUGUGUUGGGGGUCCAGCAAUGUGGGUUCUGAGCACCCACAACAAAAUUUUUGUGGGUGCUCAGGCUCCUGGGGCCCCCUAUAGUUGGCACCCCUGACCUGAUCCAGCAGGGCUUUUCUUGUGUUAAGCAGACAAUAUGCUAGCAGGUGAUUUCUGGUGUUGUUGACAGAGAGCAUCUAACACGUGGGCUGGUGUGAGCUGCUCUUGCUAACCAGUUUGUUACCAGGUGAAAUUCAAGGUGGUGAAGCUCUGCUUUUAACCUGAGCAUUGAUUGCUGAAGGUGUGUCUUCUUCCAUAUGAGACCUUCCCAUUCUUUAAGAACUUGCUUAGAUUAUUUUCUUUGUAUGCUGGUGGUCAUUGUGUGAAGAGGGCUUCCUUGAUGGCGGCCUACAGAUUACAGAACCAGUGGCCUAUUCAUUCAUUCAUUCAUUCAUAGCAUUUCUACCCUGUUCUUUAGCUGAAAGGACUUCCAGAACUGCUAAUGAAAAUGAGUAGUAAGGCAGCCUUUGUCCUUAGGUUUACAUUCCUAAAGUUAAGGUUCUUGUAACGGACAGCUGGUAUGGAGAGUUCAGGAAGCCUGAUGGAAUGAUUGCUGCUGGGUAGCAAUUGAGGGAGCACAUAUGUCUUUUUCUGUACCCUAACGGAAUGGCAUCCAGCAGAUUCAGGGCUGUGUCUCUUCAAAGGAAACUGUAAACAAGCUUUUAAUGUUUGCCACAUCUUUUGGGAGAGGGAAUGCUCACUGUCUCCUUUACAUAGUUGUAUUGAUGUUUUCACUGCAUUUUAUUUUUUUAAUUAUUAUUCUCCAUCUGGAGAACAGCAGGCAAAAUAUUUUUCACAAAUAUAUAUAAAUGCAGAAUGCAGCAGGUAAGAAAUUUUUGGGAGGUUCAGACAUUGAACCUUAACAUGAGAACAAAGGUUUUUGCAGUGGGGCACUUUGAUCACUCUUUUCCCCUGUGGUGUGCUAGAAGGAAUUUUCUAAACCAGCCUCAAAAUUUUUUAUUUGCUUCUGAAAUGGUUAUGCUUUCAGGCUAAUUUGUAUUUGAUGGAAGAUUAAUAUACAGUAUCUGGGCCAAACAAGCAUCUAGUUCUCACUGAGGUUGUCAGUCAGUACCAACUGACUGUACCAAUUCAGACUGCACAUGGAGACCCAUGUGAUUGACAGUUCCUGCAUGUCAGGAAAAAAGGACAAAGUCCUAAACAUUAAAAAUGAGUUCUCUAGGUUGAAGGCUUUUUGCAUGACCUGCUAACUCUUCAUACGUAGGAACCAUUUUUGGUCAGGUACAAUUCCAUGGUCAGAAUCUUCACCUGCAAUCUGAAGUGGUACAGUGCAGGUUCUAGGUCAGACUACAAUGCCCACCGGCCCCUCCAGGCCAGACUACAACUCCCAGCAAUCCCUGCAGGCUGGACUACAACUCCCAUCACCCCCUGCAUCAUAUGGCCAGGCUGUAGAGGCCUUGACCGCACACCCAUCUCUGUUCAUAUGACUUUGUCUCUUUGCCAGAUCAGCCCAAGUGAGCCACUGGUGUUUGUUGGUCUUUGCAGGCAGAACCCGGAGCACCAGCUGCAGCAGAGGCCUCCUCACCACCACAGCCCAACGUCUUCACUCACCUCCUUGGGCUCCAUGACGCUCCUGCAGUCGCUGCCUCCCUCCAGGGUGUCUCCUUCCCAGCCUCCAAACACUCCUGUCCAAGGAGACCCUUUCUCCCAGCAACGGACCCAGCAGCUCUAUCUGCCCAGCCAUGUCCACCAGGGAGAGCUUUACCGGCUCUGCCAGCCUGUGGUUGGGCAGCCACAGCAGCAUUUCCAGCAGCAGCAGCAGAUGCAAAUGCAGCAGCAACAUCAUCAGCAUCAGCAAGGGGACUCCUACUCGGCCCUCAGCAGGCCCCAGCCAACCCCUUCCCCAUACCAGCAGAUGCCUGUCGACCCUUUCGCCAUUGUCUCCAGGGCCCAGCAGAUGGUGGAGAUCCUCUCUGAUGAGAACAGAGCUUUGCGCCAGGAGCUGGAAGGAUGCUAUGAGAAAGUAGCCAGGCUCCAAAAGGUAAGAGCUGGUGGAACCUCCCCAUCCCACCCCCAUUUAGUAUUUCAUUCUUAGGAGUGUAAGAAGCACCCUUCAGACCGCUGCCCUGCCAAGUCCAGGAUCCUGUUCUCACAGCGGCCAGCCAGAUGCCUGUAUGGAAUCUGUAGGCCGGGCCUGAGCACAAGAGCCCUCUCCUGUCCUGCAGUUUCCAUCAACAGCAUUGUUGCCUCUGACCGCAGAGGCCAAGUGCAGUCUCCAUCAUGGCUAGUAGCCGUUGAUAGCUUUAUCCUCCAUGAUUUUGCCCAUUCCUCUUUCUAAGCCAUCCAAGUUGUUGUCCCUCACUGCCUCCUGUGGGAGGGAGUUCCACAGUUUAACUAUGCGCUGAGUGAAGAAGUACUUUCUUUUAUCUGUCCAACAUUCUUCCAACAUUCAGCUUCAUCAGAUAUCAGCAAGUUCUAGUUUUAUGAGACAGGGAGGAAAACGAUUCUCUAUCCACUUUCUCCAGGCCAUGCAUAAUUUUAUGAACUCCUAUUGUUUGGCCUCUUAUUCGCCUUUGCUCUGAACUGAGAAGUCCCAAACGUUGCCACCUUUCCUCAUAGGGGAGUGAUGGCAUUCCCUUCAUCACUUUGAUUGCUCUUUUCUGAAGCCAGAGAUCACCAUGGUUGUUGUGUGCAAGCAUCUACUGGGAGCACCUUUUCAUGGUUUAGCCUGUAUGUAUACUGUUGGACCACAUUUGCUUUUACGUACAUCUGCUGCUGUCUUGCUUAUGGCUUCAGAAGACCCUUGCCCAGUGGCUGAGACCUGCUUUGUACAGAAAGAGUCCUGGCUUCAGCCCCCAGCAGCAUCUCUAGAGAGGCCUGGGCAAGUCUGGCCUGAAUCCUUGGAGAACAACUUCCAGUCAACGUGCAUCAUAACACUUGAGCCACGUUGACCAAGAAGGCAGCUUCCUAUUGCACAUGUCCUAGAAAUUGUGGCUUUUGUUGAAACACCUCUCAUUGACCCACAAAACUUUGCAUUCUUUGGAAAGGUGGAGGAGACUCAUUUCAUAGAAUUGUAGAGUUGGAAGGGACCCUGGGGUCAUCUAGUCCAACCCCAUGCAAUGCAGAAUCUCAACUAAAGCCUCCAUGACAGAUGGCUAUCCAACCUCUGCUUAAAAAUCUCCAAGGAAGGAGAGUCCACUACCUUCUGAGGGAGUCUGUUUCACUAUUGAGCAGCUCCUACCACGAGAAAGUUCUUCCUGAUGUUUAGUCAGAAUCUUGAAGCCAUUCUCUCGGGAGCAGGAGAAAACAAGCUUACUCCAUCUUUCAUGGGACAGCCUUUUAGGUAUUUGAAGAUGGCUUGUGGGCAUCCAGUGAAGCUGAAUGUUGGAAGAUUCAGGGCAGACGAAAGAAAAGACUUCUACACGGCACAGAGUUAAACUACGGAACUUGCUCCCACAGGAGGCAGUGAUGGACACCAACUUGGAUGGCUUUAACAGAGGUUUAGACAAAGGAUGGAGGAGAGGGCGACUGAUGGCUACUAGCCAGGGUGUCAUGCUCUGCCCUCCACAGUUGGAGGCAGUAAUGCUUCUGAAUACCAGUUGCUGGAAACCACAGAAGGGGAGAGGGCUCUUGCUUGUGGGCUUCCUUUUGAGGCAUCUGGUUGACCACUGUGAGAACGGGAUGCCUAACUAGAUGGACCACUUGUCUGAUCCAUUGGUCAACCUAACUCAGUAUUGUCCACACUGACUGGCAGCAACUCUCCAGGAUUUCAGACACGGGGUCUCUACCAGUCCUACCUGGAGAUGCUGGGGCUUGAACCUGGGACCUUUUGCAUGUAAAGCAGGUGCUCUGAUCAUUGAGCUAUGGCCCUCCUUCUCCCAUCCAAUUUUCUCAGGACCAGACCUGCUUGCUUCAGUACCAGAACAGUAUCAUGUGCCUUUGGCUCACUGAGUGAAAGGUGUUCUGUUUGCAGCAUGGUUGUGAUCUGCGUUCUUUUGCAUGAGGUCUAGUCAUUCAUUCGCCCACUACCACCAGAAAGCCUGUAUAUGUUCAUGCUAAAUACUGUUAUAUAGUGGAUAGGUAGAUAGGUAGAUGAUGAUAGAUAUAGAUAGAUGAUAGAUAGAUAGAUAGAUAGAUAGAUAGAUAGAUAGAUGAUAGAUAGAUAGGAUAGAAAAUGCAUGCAUAGUUUUCUUUUCUUGUUUGCUCCAGCUGGAAACAGAAAUUCAGCAAGUUUCAGAAGCCUACAAUAACCUGGAAAAGUCUUCCACAAAGCGGGAGACUCUGGAGAAGACCAUGAGGAACAAGCUGGAAGGAGAGAUACGAAGGCUGCAUGACUUCAAUAGAGACCUCAGAGGUAAAUUUCUGUUUAUACAUGAGUUUAUACAUGAGGCUUCCCUGGGCUUGGAGUUGCUGGGCUCCAGCUCCCAUCAGCCCCUGCCAGCAAAGCUAGUGGUCAAGGAUGAUAGGAGUUGCAGUCCAGCAACACAUUAUGCCAAUGUCGUUUUCUUCCAGGUACAGGUGUUCCAGUUAGAGCCAUGGCUAUUGUGCAGGCUAAUAAAAAUCACCUUUGGCCACUAAGACUACCAGCAUUUCUCCAGACAGAUGGUUCCAGAAGUGCACACACAGGCAUUAAAAAGACAUUUAAAAUACUCUACGUGUUAGCACUGAUAGCUGAUGACUGACUAAUGUAUGUAAUUAAGAUUAGUACCAUGAUAGAAAGAUUUUUGCUUCUAAUGCCACACUAUUUAUUUGCCUUGUAAAUAAUUUUUAUUGGCUUACAAGUCUUAGCACGCCUCACCUUACAACAUCUCUGUGUAGUAACUUGGACUGGGAAAACAUUGAUAUCGUGCUCGCCUGCGAAACUUGCUGUAUGGCAACUCUGAAGUCUCUGAGAACUCACUCAUUCAUUCAUUUUAUAUCCCACCUUCUUUCCCCCACAAGGAGCUCAAGGUGCUAUACAUAGUUCUUCUCUGGCUCAUUUAAUCCACACGACAACCCUGUGAGGUUGGUUAGAUUGAGAGACAAUGACUUAGCCCAAAGUCACCCAGUGAGCUUCAUGGUUGAGCGGGGAUUUGAACCCCGGUCUCCUAGGUCCUAGUCCGACACUCUAACCCCUACUCCACACAGGCACUCUGUUCUGCUGAGAGCGUGUGACGAACUCCAGGUUGUCUGAUAGGCUUCACAGCUCAAGGGAGAUUUCUACCCAAGUGCAGCAUUCUCUGUCUUCUCACUCUGUUGUAGCAACACAGAUGUUGAAUUGUGCCAUUGUGGCAGUUUGCCAUACCUAAAAGCUCUCUAGCCUGUUUUGAGAAAUUCUAUGCUUAAAACUUAUAUUUAUUUAUAGCUUUUUCUAACUACACCCUUCAGCGGAAAAGAAGUCUUGGAGGGUGAUUUACAGAUCAGUUGUAGAAAGAAAGAAAGAAAGAAAGAAAGAAAGAAAGAAAGAAAGAAAGAAAGAAAGACUGUCACUGUCCUCAGGCACACCAUCUAAAAGACACAGCAGAAAAGGCAAAUGAGUGGGGAAGGAGGAGAAAAUAAGCAAACUCAGAUACCAGAAGAGAUCUUCUAAUGAGCUGCUGAGAUAUAAACAGUUCAAGGAGGAGGAAGGGCUAAUAACAGCUGGUUUCUCAGGUGCUCCAGUAAAGUGACCCUGCACCUCUCCUCCUCUCCCACUGCCCCCUCACCACCCCUGGUUGCCUGACACCCCUGGUUGCCUGACGGCUGUGGCACUUAUUUCUUCAGCCAUGAGAACCAGCCUCCAUUGUGGCCAGUAGCCAUUGAUAGCUUUACCAUCCGUGAAUUUAUCCAGUCAUCUUUUAUUGCUAUCCACCUCACUGCAACUUGGUAUCAGCUCCAGCUGGAGCACCAGACUGAUUGAGGAAGCUUGGUGUUAGAAAAACGUACAGUAUGCUGGCUGCAAUUAGCUGUGCGGAUUCUGUAAAAUGUAUUUAUCCUCUCUUCUGCAGAGCGUAUGGAAACAGCCAACAAGCAGCUUGCGGAGAAGGAAGGCUCUGAGGAUAACAAGAAAACCAUCUGCCAGCUCUUUGCACAAAGUGAGUCUGAAUUUCUCCUUUAAUAUGGUUGAGGCCUGUUGCAAAGGUGGGCUUGAAGUGACAGCUGUUCAGAAAUCACUAGGGCAAGCAGUGGGUAGGCUUGGGAAUGGCUCAGCAAAGCAUAAGAUGGUGAGAUGCUGGCAGUGUCUGCUUGCAUCUUAAAAAAAAAAUAGGCGCAAUCAGUGCUGCUCAUAGUAAUGAGCAGUUUCUCUUUCCCACCCUUUACUCACUACAGUUCUUGACUUCCACACGUUCACACUUCCCCUGAACAUUUAUUUGUCUACCCCUUGGUUCUCCCCCACAUUACCGCUACCUUUCCUAAAUUGCACUGGAUAUAGUUCUAUAGUGCAGAAUAAAGCGAGAGAUUAUAGGACUCUCCCAGCUCUUCCUGGAGAUGCCAGCAGGAAUUUCAUUUCUGGCUCAUUGAACUGAUGCAAAGGGAGCAAUUUACUAAGCCUUCCCUACAUGAGCGAACCCAUUUUUUUUGCUGCAAAGAAGCAUUAAAAUUGAGCUACAAGCCACAGGCAAGUACACACAAGCUGCUUUCUCCUGAGGUGGAACACUGGUCCAUCUAGCUCAGUAUUGUCAACACUGACUGAUAGUGGCCCUCCAGGCUUCCAGACAUGGAGCAUGCCCAGACCUUGCAGGAGAUGCUGGGGAUUGAACCACGCUCAGAGCGGAUGCUCUACCACUGAGCUAUAGUGUUAACACCUAGAGGUUUGCUUGCAAUAGAAGACAAGUGGAGCACUCCACUUGUCUUUCUCCAGGCACCUCUGAAGUGCAGGGUCCUUGAGACUGAAUAUAAAUCCAACGUGUAGCCACUUGGGUGAAACUAGGCCAAUCCAGACAGGAGAGCAGGAUGGAUGGUGGUGCUGGUGUUUCCUCUGAGGAAGAACUAUACUAUGCCGCUGCUUUGCUAGUGUGUGUAGAGUUAGCCUUGGGUUACAAACCCUGCCUGGAGGAGCAGAUGGAUUAUAGUAAAAACCAAUGUUACAGGUUCUUACGACAUUUCCGCUGGGCUGAAAUGUAUCGGGACUUAAGCAAGGUAAAUACUGAUUUAUUGUUCUCAGAGCUCCACCCAGUAGACAGCACCUAACUGUGUUGCCGUUGCAUUAAAAUUAAAAUUGCGAUUUAAAAAAUUGUUAUUUCAUGAUAGGAUUACUAGAAUGUGGUCUAUGUGGGGCUUGAUCCAAAAGCUGCAGUUAGUGCAGAAUGCUGUGGCACAAUUAGUGAUGGGAGUGAGACCCUGUCAGCAUAUAAACCCUCUGCUUCAGAGACCUCCACUGGUUACUGAUUUGCUAUCAGUCCAAGUUCAAGGUGUUACUAUUAAUAUAUAGGGGGGCCCUUAACAACUCAGACCAGUUGACCUACGAGAUCACCUUACCCCAUAAAUGUCCACUCAGCCACUUUGAUCAACAGAACAGGCACUUAAAUCACAUUCCACAUUUGUGAGAAAUAGCUCCCAGCCAGGACUUUGCUACACUCUUUUUGGUACCUACUCAAAGCAUUUUUGUGUAGACAAGCCUACCCAGGAAUGCAGAAUGCUGAGAUGUUCUUCAGUCUGGUUUUUAGCAUACAGGCGUACCUUGGCUCCCGAACGCCUUGGGAGUCAAACGUUCCGGCUCCUGAAUAAUCAAAAACCAGAAGUGAGUGUCCUGGUUUUCAAACGUUCUUUUGGAAGCCGAACAUCCGAUGGGGCUUCCACAGCUUCUGAUUGGUUCUGGAGCUUCCUGCAGCCAAUCAGAAGCCACACUUUGGAAGUCGAACAUUUUGUAUGUUGAACGGACAUCUGGAGCAGAUUCUGUUCAACUUCCAAGGUAUGACUGUAUUGUUGAUUUCAAUUAUAUUUGAAAGUUUUAAAUUGUUGGGCUGUUUAAUGUUUUGGGGUUUUUUUUGCUCAGUAGCGUCCACAUUACUGUCUACAUUUACUGGUAGCAACUUUCCAGGAUUUUAGACAAGAUUCCAGCCCUUCCUGGAGUUUCUGCGAAUUGAACCCAGGACCUUGUGCUUGCAAAGCAAGUGCAGUGCCACCGAGCUAUGGUUCUUCCCUGGCCAGUGGCUGCUAGGCUGCCCCUGAGCCCAGCCAUCAUGACUAUCACUGAAUGCUAGCUGCAAGGGAGUGACUACCGGGGGGGCGGGGGACUUUUUCUUUCAUGCCCCUGUUUGUGGACUUUCUGGAAGCAUCUGACUGGCCAUUGUAGGUAGAGCCAGGACCUGUUGGGAUAAGAAUCUAGGAAGACCCCUGCUGGAGCAGACCCAAGGCUUGUCUUGCACCAGCAUCCAUCUUCCUCCGGUUUGCUCCUGAAACAUAAUUGGUUUUGAAAGGGGAAAAUGCUGUAGAUACUCCUUAACGCCAGCGCCUGCAAUCUUUUUAAUUACUGAUGGAUAUUCCAGUGCUAACUGAAUGAGAUGCACCAUCCCAUUCCAAAUCGGUAGGGUGUGAAAAUACUUCACAUCUAUAGGGUCGCUUUUAUAACAUUUAUAAACAGAGCCCUACCACUAAAAUCUCAAUGUGAAUACAGUGUAAAAUUCUGUGUGUGAUUAUCUUCUGCUUCCAUUCUCUCCACACCUGCAAGACUGGCACUGCUUAGCCUGUCUGCUGGCUGGAUAAAAUCUGGUUCUGUUAACAAAAUGACUUGGUGUAAUUCCUUAGGCAUGGGAUGAUGCCGCGGCUUGGAAUGUGCUUUCUCCUGUGUUGUCAGGGCUGGAUGUAUUUUAUUCAAGAGGUGUGUAUUCUGCAGCUGAGUCAGUGUUGGCAUCCAACUGGUAGAAUGCUGAGAACCACAGCAGCUCCACAAAAAGCAGCACCCUUGGUGAAUUCAUUCUUCAUUUCUGCCGCGCCACCUCAUGCCUUAGGCAUGCCUGGAUUAUCCUGUUUUGUUUUUUAACAUAGUAACCCGUAAAAUGGGUCUUGUUUGGACACCUCACUGCAGAGGUUCCAGAUAGUUCAUUCUUUGUAGAACACUUCUUGUUGGAUUAAAGCAAGCAGCAAAUCCAUUCCAUUUGGGAUUUAUCUCGUGUGUGUGUGUGUGUGUGUGUGUGUGUGUGUGUGUGCGCGCCUGCUUCAGCCAAAUCAAAUGUCCUUAGUUGAAGUCCAAUUUACACAAUUCCCUUGUGUGGGGAAAGACUCCCUUCUCUCCCUCCAAUUACCCAACCCAAAUCACACUAGGCAUAUUGUGUGGAAGUCAUCCAAAUCCUAAAUCACUAGCACAAAACGUUGUUUUUGCACACCAGAAUUGACUUUCCUUAACACGAACAAGGAAUUGCACAGUUAGGAUCUGUUUGCAUGGGUGUUGUCUGUCUCAUUUGUAGCAAACUCCACUGUGGAGUUCAUGUAGCUAAGGAAUGGGGCGAAGGCUGGACUUGACCAAAGCAGUCAGAUAAUCUUCCUGGGAAUUAGGUGUGCGAAAUCACUCCUGCUAGCAGUAUAUUGUCCUUUUCUGUACACGGUGAGGCACUGAAUUCGACAUCUGCUGCAAGGCCUACAAUUUUUGAAGCUGUUAAUAUAUAAAACACAGGUGGACAAACAUCAGGCUUGCAGAAUCGUAAUUUGUUUUUUUACUAGAACUUGAGAUCCACCAGUGUCAAGGCCUGUCACAUGGUUGUAGCAGGGAUAAAGGUGUCAGGGGGGAACCAUGCCAACUGCCUUGCACUCCUUGGAGGAAAGGUAGAAUGAGGAAGGGUGACACGCAUUUUAAAAGAAACAGAGAUUUUAAAUGGAUUUCCCAGAAGACGACUCAAUCUUUCUCCUUGCCCUUCUGCCCAUUUUCUUAAAAAGUUUUCCUUCCACUCCCCCUUUAUUCGGACAGACAAAGAAACCCAGAGGGAGAAGGAGAAGCUAGAGAUCGAGCUGGCUGGAGUUCGCUCUGCUAAUGAGGAACAGAGGAGGCACAUUGAAAUUCGCGACCAGGCUUUGAACAAUGCUCAGGCCAAAGUGGUGAAACUGGAAGAAGAGGUAAGGCCCCAUUCCCCAGCUCAGAGGAGCUGCUGGAGGUUCUCAUCACAUGUUCAGUCUGUUUCUUGUUUCACACUUUUGUGUUUGCAUUCUGCCAUCUACAUUGACUUUUAAUGGAAAAGCAAAGAAAGUCAUAUCAAGUUGCGCAGUAGCGUAAGUGAUUCUUAUUAAUCCAUACAAAUUAUCCAGAUGCCCAUCAUAUAAUGUCCUGGGGGCAGCACAAAAGCUUUUUUUAUCUAUCUCAAGAGAAUCAUGAAAGAAUAUAGUUAAAGCUGUAUUGCUCAGUUUAGUCAUAUCUGCAAAGGUCCCUUGGAGAGUUUAGAAAGUUUGGAAAUUGGCCUUAAAAACAAAACAUUUUGAAAAGGAAAACCUCCACUGCUUUCAUCUCAGAUAAGUGAGAUCCCAUCAUCUCUGUGGACAACUGUCAUAUUUUUAGCCAACCUGCGUUUGUGCUUAAAGCUCUUGCAAAGGGCCAGGUUGGUGCUUUUCAUUCCUCUUGCAAAUUAAUGUGGAUGCUUUUCUAUGAAUGUGCAUCAGUUAAACUUACAAGAUCUGCACUGCUAAAAGGCAGUAAGAAUGGAAUGUCCUUAAGGAUGCCAGCUUGACUGCCGGACCCCCUUUCUUCAAACGCUCACUGAGCAUUAUUAAGGAAACCAAAAUCCCUAAAAGACUUGCCCUUUUCUUUUUUACUGUAAUUUUCCAAGACACCAUUGUGUGAAGGGUGUUUGAGUUCUGAAAAGAAGAACUAGGCCUAUGAUUUUAGCACUGACUGGUUAUCAAGCUAUUAUAGGUGGCUUGGCCAGAUCCUUUGUGUGCUUAGUCCACAUUUCUGAGCCCGUAAUGGUAAAUAAUUUCCAAUCUAGCCUUACGAAAGAGGAAGGAUUUUGCCAAGUGGUGUUCUUGGCAUGUGUAGAUAAUUGAGUGUGUGUGUGUGUGUGUGUGUGUGUGUGUGUGUGUUAUUCACGCUGCUUCUUCACUUUUCUUGCUCCCUUGACUCUCCUCUGCUUGCUUAACCUUUUCCAGACUCCUUUUUAAGAGGAUGAUUAGGCAUAGUAUUGUGAAGGCUGUUUUUAUGCGUCCAGUUGGGCCUCUGAGCUCGCUUUUGGAAAUAAAGUAGAGUGGGGUGGCUUCAUUCCUGAUGCCCAGAUAACAAAAUUGGACGGUGGCAUGCUUAUUCUUCAGUGCAUCUGAGACAGCAGGAUUUCAGUCUUUGCGCAGCUGGGUUUUUGGGGAAUAAAAUGGGGAACUGUGCUCUCCUCCUUUCUCUUGUUUUUUUUCUUUCCGUGCUUCCAAAAGUAGCAAUGGGGGGGGCGGGGGGCUUGUAGAUGGGGUGGGCUACAUCAGCUCAUUGUGCAGGUGGGGGAACUGGGCUGGCCAGGGACUGAUGGCUGUUGUGGUCCAGGGUAUCUUGGGGGCACCAGGGUGACCAAGGCUGUAAAAGAAAAGAAAAGAAAGAAACCCUCAUGCAAUGGAAUGCUGGUGCUAUUGUGUUUUCAGUACAAAUGAUGGAGGAUGGUCGCAGCUGCUAGAUUAUCUGAUUUCAGAGCAGCUGCAUUAAAAACAUAAGAACCUGCUGGAUCAGACCCGUGGCCCACCUAGUACAGCAUCCUGUUCUCCUAAACAGUUGCCUGUGGGAAACCAGCAAGCAGGAUUCAGGGACAAGACCACUCCCUACUCCUGCAGUUUCCAGCAACUCAGAAGCAUUCCAGAUACUCAGAAACAUUGCUGCCUCCAGCUGUAGAGGCAGAGCACAGCCAUUGUUGCUGGUAGCCCUCUCCUCCUUCAUGAAUUUGCCCUAAUCCCCUUUUAAAGCCGCCUUGGUUGUCUUCCCAUCUCCUUUGAAGAGAGGGGUUGUUUUCUGUGACUGCGCCCUGGAAGUCUUCUCUCACCCAGAUUUUAAUAGGAGCUGGAGAAGGAUUCAUCUCUGUUACGAGACAAACAUUGCCAAGCGUCUUGGGACUCAUUCCCAAACUGUGGCAGCUCUAGAGUUAUGGCUGAAUGAUUGCUUGGAAUUUUUGACCCGCUGGGAAGACAUCUUGUGCUUUGGGUCACUAUGCAGAAUAUGCACCAAAAGAAUUUUUGAAAAUAAGGGAAGGUUUCUUGAUCAGCAUCAACAGGGAUAAUAUGGCCAUUUUCUAAUUUACUUUCUUUCCACCGAAUAACUAUUGUGGUGAUCAAAUCCAAGCUGCUAAUAGUAUUUGUUUCAAAGUAUACUUUUCAGAUUCUGGUUUUCUCCGAUUGUCUGCAGUUGUUGUAGCCAAACUUUUCCCUUUGUUAUAUGGGAAGAUAUGAAUUCCGUUUCUUUCAUCAAAUUCCUUAAAAUAAAAAAUAUUUUUAUCAAAGUUUUUCACAAUACAAUAAGAUAGCCACUACUAUAACUACAAGCAGAAUAUAGAUUCCUCCCCCAAAGGCAAUUAUCAGCCCCGCCCCCAAAGGCAGUUAUCAGCCCCGCCCCCAACAUAUCAGUCCCUCUCAUCUCUCACCUGGGAUCCUUCCUUUCUCCUUCCAGCCACUCACCCUGGGAGGAGGGGCAACACUUCCCUGUCUCCCACCCAGGGUCCUCCAUGAACCAUCCACCACCCACAGGAAUACUUAAUUCCCUGGACCUUAACAAAGGCCCCAAGCAUAGGAUUCCAAAGAAAAAAUAGAAACAGAGAGAGAGAGAGAGAGAGAGAGAAAGAAAGAAAGAAAGAAAGAAAGAAAGAAAGAAAAGAUUAAAGAUAGAUAAAACGGGCUUCCAAUUUUCCAUUUGCCAAUUACAUUUAAAAGAAAUAAUCAUUCAAUCCAUGAUAACAUCCAUCUUCUCCACUUUCUGUUAAACAGUAUUUCUUUUAAGUCAAAGCGUCUCAGAAUCAUUCUUUUCUUUUCCCCCACCAAAGUCCAAGUCGGGUUCCCAGAUUAUUAUUAUUGGUAAAUAUCAACCAAGUUUUUUCUUUAAUAUUAACUUUACCUCCAUUAAUUCCCACCACCAGUUUCCCCUUUGUUCUUAGAGACAGGAAGUGGCCGUUACAAGUUUUCUGAUUGUAAAUUUUAAUCAGCAGAGAAAUCUCUGUAAUUUGCAUUUUUCUUGUCCCAGAAGUAUUUAAGAAAGAGAGGAUGCGGGUUUUCUUACCCCCAGAGGGUUGUUACGUGGCGUUUGGGCACAAUGUCAGCUCCUCAGCUUGCUGUCUCAUUCUGUCACCCAUCCAAGCCCCCAGGUGCAGGAAGCAGAGAACAGCCUUGAUCAAAGCGUUUGAGGUUUCUCCUAUUUGAUCGCUCUUAUCUCACAAAAUGAUUUAAUAGUCAGACCAUCUGUCUUACUAUCAUCAAUCACCACAUAGUUAUCUUCUGUCAGCGGAACUGAUAGAGAAGGUCAGUCCGCUAUUCCUUCUCUCGGAAGCACGGGGUGGGGGGGAUAUCACCAGAUCAAAUUCCAGUUUCCGUGGAGGCUUUGGGGGGGGGGCGGUUGUGUGUUUUUUGGUGGUGUGUGUGUGAUUAUUUUAUUCCCUGCCUCAAGUGCAAUAUGGUUGAUGUGCUCACCCAAGAAUAUUCCUUUUACUCAUCUUUUUCCCCAUUUAUUGCAUUUAUAUCCCAACUUUCCCUCCAAGGAGCUCAAGGUGGCAUACACGGCUCUCCCCCCCCCCAUCCCCAUUUAAUCUGCACAACAACCCUGUGAGGUAGGUUAGGCUGAAAGGCAGUGAUUUGCCCCAAGGUCACCCAGUGAGCUUCAUAGCUAAUAGUGGGGAACUGAACCCUGGAUUCCCAGGUCUUAGUGCAACACUCUAUGACUAGAACACCAUAGAUAUAACAUGUCUGUCUAUAGUGUGUUUGUGUUUCAAGGGCCCAUGCAUAUGCAGUGCCACAGAAAUUGCUGGGUUGUUUUUAUACUGUUUUAAAAAAAACAAAAACACCAAAAAAACAUUUUGGUCUGUGAGUAAUUUUCCAGAGGUGCUCUUUGAGGGUUAUAACUUAUUUUAAAAUAAGCAAACAGAAAGUGGGAAAGAACUGACCAGAUGGGUUUGGCUUGAGUUGCUGUUGAGGCACGGUGGCGCUUCGUGACGUCUGGUUCUCAAAGGUUCUGUGCAACAACUCAGCAAUGCUCAAACCCCUCCCAUUCAGAAUACAGGUUUAUUCACUAAUCAAAAGAUAAGCAAGUACAUACGUACAAGAGAAGGAACAUACAAGAGAAAUAACUCAAGAUGUAGCAUUAUUAUUGAAGGGGGAAAAGAAACCGGAAACUUUCUAUGCCAGUUGGUGGCUAUUCAUUACGUAUGUAUCCAGAAUGUGUUGGCUGCAUCAGUACAGAUCUGACUUCCUGAUUGCUUUCCCUUUGUUAAAGGUAUGUUCGUGCGUGUCCUUUCUCCUUCAGGUUUCAGAGACAAUGAUGAUUUGAUGCAGAAGAUCCCUGUUGUAGAAAUGGCAAAAAUAGAUGCUAAACAAACAUGAGUGAUGAUCAUGCAAUAGAAUAUGAAGGAGGCAGUGGGAGACUUUUGCAUUUUUUCUUUGUAUGGAUAUAAUUGUGUCCAUUUAAUGUAUAUUAAUGCAAAAUCAAUAAAAAGAUUUGGAAUGAGGAGAGAGAAGUAAUGCUAGACCAAAGCACUUGGCUGAUGAAAUACUUUUCAGCCAAAGCAGGCAUCUCCUUGAAGCAAAAUUAUUUCUGCUCUUGGAGUGAAAGCGCUCACCGUUUGGAGAGGCCUGUGACGUUUAGCUGGCUCGAAUCAAUUACUUUAGUUGGUUUAAGAAGGGUUUGAUCAAUUAAAAGUGUGUCUGCAAUGAACAUCAGUUUACAAAAAAGAUAAAACAAUUAAAUUAGCAAUGCAAAAAAUCAACACCAUAAUUUAGAAUUUUCAGAAAGUUAAAAUAGCAAUAGACUAAGAACAGAUUAAAACAUGUCAAGUUUUAAUGUCAAGUUUCUAAGCAGUUGGGUAGGCCUAUCUGAAUAAUAAUGUUUAGCAGGUGCCAAAAAUCACUGUGAAGGCGCCUGCCUGAUGUCAAUAGGCAGGGAGUUCCAAGGUGUAGGUGCUGCCAUACUAAAUUGUUUGAAUUGUUGUCAUCUGUUCUGGGACAUCUUGGUGGUGGUGGUGGUGAUCAUCAUUAUUAAUGAUGUUUUAGACUGCAAUUCUCAUCAGCCCCAGAUAGGAUAGCUGUGCUCCCAUCACCAACCCCACCAACAUAGGACUGUCCUGGCUGGGGAUGAUGGGAACUGUAGUCCAAACCACCUUGCAAACUCCCCAGCUGGUCAGUGGGUGUGAGAACAGAGUCCUGGGCCUUUGACCUGACCCAGCUGCCUCUUCUUAUGUUCUUAUAAUGUCCUGCAUGCAGUGCCUUACCACUGAGCUACAGCCCUUCCCCUGAUUUGGGGGGACAGCAAAAGGGUGGUUGUUGCCCUCCCCCUGCUGUGCUUUUGGGAUGACUGGGGGGAGGGGGAAUCUGGGUUGCUGCUCUUGACGAAGGCUUGCUGGAGCUAGCAGGUGUUGUGAUGCUUCUGGUUACUGAAGGAGCUUCACCACCUACACUCCCUCCACCCUUUUUUCCUUUUAGUUGAAGAAAAAGCAGGUUUAUGUUGAGAAGGUGGAGAAAAUGCAGCAGGCCUUGGUUCAGCUGCAGGCAGCCUGCGAGAAGCGUGAACAGCUGGAACACCGACUGCGGACACGGCUGGAGAGGGAACUUGAAUCCCUCCGGAUGCAGCAGGUAAGAGGAUCUUAAGCAGAACACCACCUUCCAACUGAGUAUGUUUCCGAGCACAAUUGAAAGUGUUGGUGCUGACCUUUAAAGCCCUAAAUGGCCUCGGCCCAGUAAACCUGAAGGAGUGUCUCCACCCCAUCAUCCAGGGCCUUCUGGCAGUUCUCUCGCUGCGAGAAGCCAAGUUACAGGGAACCAGGCAGAGGGCCUUCUCAGUAGUGGCACCCGCCCUGUGGAAUGCCCCCCACUUCAGACGUCAAGGAAAUAAACAAUUAUCUGACUUUUAGAGCACAUCUGAAGGCAGCCCUGUUUAGGGAAGUUUAUAAUGUUUGAUCUUUUAUCAUGUUUUUAAUAUUCUGUUGGGAGCCACCUAAAGUGACUUAGGCAACCCAGCCAAAUGGGCAGGGUAUAAAUAAUAGGAGGAGGAGGAGCUGGGCUUCUGGUUUUUAAAAAGCCCUAGUGAAACUUAUUUAACUGACUGCUUUUUUGAAAGGAGGUGAACACACACAGGAACCUAACCCUAACACCACGUCAGCUGCUUCGUCCCUCUAGCUCAGUAUUGUUUACACUGACUGGCAGCAGCUCUCCAGCAUUUCAGGCAGGGAAUCUUUCCCAGCCCUACCUGGAAAUGGGAUUGAACCCAGGACCUUCUGCAUGUGGAGCAGACACUGUGCCACUGGCCCUAGUUAGCGACUUAAGAGUGAGCGUUUGUUUUCUGUUAGGAGACACAUCACAGGCGCCUUUCCUUCUGCUGCUUCCUGCACUGUUCAUGAAGUGCCUCUGUUAUGUAAUGAAUUUAGUGUGUGUCAAAGCAGAGCUUCCAGCUGAACAGUUGUCAGGUUGUCCCACUGCGUGGUUUUCAGCCCAUGGUGAGAUGUGUGCAUUUUUCUUACUAGGGGAUAAAAACUGUUCUGUCCAAGUGAGCCACAGAACGGCUUGGUCCCACAACUGAUAAUUAGCACACUUCAAACUUGCCAAGCAAUCCAACAUUUGGCUGACUUAGGUGAAUCAGACUUUAUUCUCCAGGAAGCCACAGAGUUAGCAAGUGUAAUAAUAAUGUGAUCAGUGGGACAGUCGUUCAGUGUCCCCAGUGUAGGCACACCUACAAUUUUAUAGAACCUUUACUUUCAAUAAUGACGGAGCUUGCAGGUGGAGAACAUUUUUAUUUUUGCAUUUCUUCGAUACUUAUAAAUGGAAUAUUUGUAUGAAUCAAUGCCUUGUUAUCCCUUCUGGGGCUGCACUGUACAGGCUUCGACGUCCUAUGGUUUAUCUUUAUCUUUAUCUUUAUUUAUAUCCCACCUUUCCCCCAGACUGGAAAAGCCAACUCACACAAAUUAAAACAACUCUGAUAAAAUGCAGAAGGCUAAAAACAUGAAAGAUGAUAGUUUAAAAAUAAUUAAACUGUAAUACAAUUAAAGCAAUAUAAAAACAGGUCUAUUGGUAAAAACAGCACAGUCAGUCCCAAGAGACUGUCAGAAUAAAACAGUUUUCACCUGCCAGUGGAAAGACAGCAAGGAGGGAGCCAGUUUGCCUUCUCUAGGGAGGGAGUUCCAGAGUCUGGGAGUAGCCAGCAAUAAGGCCUUCUAGGUUUACAUUUUCAAUUCAUUGUAUUCUUUCCCUUUGUAUUAUUUGUAUUGUAUUUGCACUUUUCAACAAAUAUUUAUCCUGAAACAAAAAUAAUAAUAAUGUGUUCAGUGGGGAUUUCUUAUAUGGCAGCAGCCUUCAUUCUUAUUGGCUCGUUUUAUCAUCAGCGCCAGGGGACGUCUCAGCCGGCCAGUGUCUCUGAAUACAACGCCACAGCACUUAUGGAGCUUCUGCGGGAAAAGGAGGAACGGAUUCUUGCCCUGGAAGCAGAUAUGACGAAGUGGGAACAGAAGUACCUGGAAGAAAGCGUCAUGAGGCAGUUUGCAUUGGAUGCUGCAGCUACAGUUGCUGCCCAGAGGUAGGAAGUGGAGUUGAUAGUACAGAAACCGGGGGAGAGGAAAUAAUAUCUAUAGAGCCCACGUCCCCACAGUGUUUUUAUUUAUUCAUUUCAUUUCAUUCAUGGAGUAUGGCUCCGUAGACUGAUGUGCAAGUAAGGCGUGUCUGUUUCAAGGGCCGAAGCAUAUUCUGAUGGAAGCCACUGAGGUCACCUGAGCCUCAGACGACAGCAAAGGAUGCAGAAGCUGUGUAACCACUCCUCUAGAAGAGAGUGUUGUUUUCCUCCGCUUUUAAAAACGUUUUUUGCCCCUUUUGUUCUUAUUUACUUCAAUUCGCUGUUAUACUCUUAGUAAAACAUAUUUAAAAAGAAAAAGAAAAAAAGAGUGGGCAACCUCCAGGAUCUUAUUAUUAUGAACCUGGCUUGUAAUAAAAGCUUGUGUGCUUUUUCAUACAACCACAAGGGCUAGUAUUUCUAAAUUUCUCAAUAAAACUCAAUCCGGCAGCCACCCAAACCUUGCGUUGUGUGGCAACAUGGGAUUCUUCCGAUACAGGAGUUUGGCUAGCAUUUGGAUGAGGUUCAGCUCCACUGGUUACACGCAGGAGCUCCACUGCAAUGGGUUCUGUUGGGUAGGGAUCCUGCUAACACGCUGCCCAGCUACUAGUCCUGCUUGUUUUUCAGGGACACCACUGUCAUCAGCCACUCGCCCAAUGCCAGUUAUGACACCUCUCUUGAAGCCCGCAUCCAGAAGGAAGAGGAGGAAAUCCUGAUGGCUAACAGGAGAUGCCUAGACAUGGAGGGAAGGUAAACUGCAGCUUGAUCAUUUUUCUUGUGCUGUUCUUUCGUAUCAGUUUUUAAAUACAUAAUUAAUUAGGAUAGGAAACGUUUCUUCUCUUCACACACCCACACCCUUUUUCCUGGAGUCAAAACUGAUAUGCUGCACAAUCCAUAGGAUUGUAGAAAACCCUUUUUGUGGGAAUGAUACUUAACACAAGCAGGCUUAGUAGUACAACACCAGAGAAAGAGAUUCUGGCUAGCCAGGUGGCUCCUCCACUCCCAGGAUUGGAUAACUUGGUCCAUGGAAGAGGAGCAUAACUUCUUUGACAUGUGUGCACAUACCCAACUCCCCUCCCUCCCGUAAAGUUUCUAUACUAAAUUGUAAAAACAAACAAAUCUCAAACCAGUUUACAAAAAGAACAAAAAACAAUAAGAUUGUCAGUUAAAAACAGGUGUUCAUACCAUUUAAAAACACAAUUAAAAUAAAUGAUAAGCCAGUUUAAAUCACAUUUCAGCAUUCUGCAUAUCUGGAUAGGCUUGCCUAAACAAAAAUCUUUUAGCAGGUGCUGAAAAAAAUACAAAAAUGCACCCGCCUGAUGUCAAGAGGCAGGGAGUUCCAAAGUGUGAGUUUUUACAAAUGUGGAACAAAUGCUAUGUUGCAACUAUAACAGUGUAAAAGCUAGAUAUUUCUUGGUUCCUCCUUCCAUGUAAACAUCUUCUGUGUCCAGCAUCAAAUUGAAUUGCUUUGAACCACGUCUGAACACUGCCCAGCAAGUCUCCUCUUGGAAUUUGAUUUUUUUAGUAUUAAAAAAUGCUUCAUUUUCAAGAACCUUUAUCUUUUCUCUGGCUCUUCUUUCUCUUGCCCCUGAUUAGAAACCCCAUUGAGCUUCAGACAUGUCUUGCCAAUUAUAUUUAUACCAGCGUUAAUUAAAUUCAGCCACCUUCACAUUAUGUAUAAAUUUGUAACACGUGAAAUUUAAGCGUUAGUUGAUGAAUGCUUAUAUUAAUUUAAAAUGAUAAUCUGAUUAUUCCUGUUCCUAUUUGUUCUCUCAUCUAUUUAUUUAUCUCUUAUCUUUUUGGCUUAUUAAUAAUCAGUUCUUUAACAUACAAUUGUUGUUUUAAUAUUCCUUUUUCCUAGGAAUUAAGUGGUUGGUUGUUGUUGUUUUACGAUUUUCAUACACAUAUUAAUAAACUGAUAUUUUGUAGUUAUUUAUCUCUGUGGAUUAAUAAAGGACAUUGAGAGUAGUUAACAUACCAUUUCAGGAUCAAUAACGUUUAUGUUAUUUGGAAGGGGGAUUGAAUUUCUGUUUCCACAUUGGUUAGAUUUUUCUUGUUUGUAGUGAUAAAAUUGUAACUUUUAUAUUUACAAAACAAUAAAAAUUAUUUAAAGAAAAGUCUUGCCAACCUGGUGCCCUCCUGAUGGUUUCUUGGACCUCAAGUCCCAUCAACACCAGGACAAAUUAUCUGGGGUCUUCUUUAGUGUAGCAGGACAUCCCUCAGCUCAUUUGCGAGAGCCCAUGAGCUGUCAAGCAUCCUAUUGUCAGAUCCAUGAACUCUGCCCAGUUUUCUUAAUAUUUGGGAAGAGGGAUGCAGUCAGAAAAAGCCCCAGGAUCACUGAUAUAUUGAUGACUGUCCUUUUGCCCUGUCCUAGGAUCAAGACACUCCAUGCUCAAAUCAUUGAGAAGGAUGCCAUGAUUAAGGUGCUCCAGCAGCGGUCCAGGAAAGAGGCGAGCAAGACUGACCAGCUGUCUUCCAUGAGGCCAGCGAAAUCCCUGAUGUCCAUCUCCAACACUGGCUCAGGCUUGCUCUCCCAUUCUUCAACACUGAGCAGCACACCCAUUCUGGAAGAUAAGAGAGAGGACAAGAGCUGGAAGGGCAGCUUAGGUGAUUUACACAUGUGUUUGUGUGUAUGUGUGUUUUCACAUAUCAUACAUGGGCUCUGAGCAGUCCAGUUGAUCAAAGAUCAAAUCCUGCCUUGCAGGACCGGCCCUAUCCAUAGGUAGAAUUUAAUUUUGACAUCGGGGGCAUGUGUUUUUAGAACUUGUCCCCAUGGAAGUGACGGAGAGUCAACUCAAACUGCCAUCUUGAUAUGAUGAUGUCACCACCACCACCCCUUGAUUUAUCACUGUAUUCGACCAAUCACUGGAAUUUUCUCUCUCUGGUGCCAAUAUGUUGACACCAGGCUCAAAUACUACACACCUGCGGCAGGGGGUGGGGUGGACACAUCUUCCUGCUUUGGGCAGUGAGGAACACGACAGCCAUCACAGUGAAACACAUACACAGCAGCACAAACGCAUCUUUUCCCACUCUGUACUUCUGGCUGUGCCAUUAUAAUCACUUGCCUAAGGUUGUACUGUUGGAAGUGUGUGUUUGUGUUGUGACCCUCUGGAAUGCAUACUUUAGUAAGGCUUUUGGCUCUUUUUUAUUAUUAAAAAACUCUACAUUGCCUUAACAGACUGGGUGCUGUGGGAUGCUCCCAGGGAGCAGAAUAUAAGACGAAGCUGGCAUCAUGCAUCUGGUGUGCAACUGCCUUGUCCUUUUUCUCCCCUUCAGGUGUUCUGCUGGGAACAGAAUGCCGCUCCGAAUCCAUUCCUUCCACUCCUUCGCCCAUCCUCCCCUCCCCUCCGCUGCUGUUUGCGCACUCCAAGACUGGCAGCCGAGACUGUAGCACUCAGACGGACCGGGGAAGUGAGCAAAGCAAGGUCUCCGCCUCCUCUUCCUCCUCUGCCUUGCCUCCUGUGCAGGGGAGGCUCCCUGCUAUGAAUCUGACCUACACUUCGGACAAAGCAGGUAAUGAGGACUUUCCCCUUGGCUAAGCCAGGACUUAAGAAUAAUGAACAACAAUAAUUUAAAGGCUUUCAAUGAAUUAAAGUGACAUUCUGCCCAGGGGCCAUACUGGCUGGAGAUGAUGGGAGUUGCCGUCUAAAAUACUUGGAGGGCACCAGGUUGGGAAACAGCUGAUCUCACUAGUUAAAUCACUUAAAGAUUGCAGCCCUAGUUGGAAGGCAUUUUGCUAGAUGGAAACAAGAGCUGGAAAAGUAUAUUUUUGCUCUAUAAGAUGCACCUUUUCCCCUCCUAAAAAGUAAGGGGAAAUGUGUGUGUGUGUUACAGAGCGAAUUCAGGCUGCGCAGCUAUCCCAGAAGCCAGAACAGCAAGAGGGAUCUCUGCGCAGCGCUCCCUCUUGCUGUUCUAGCUUCUGGCUUAGCCCCUCAGUCCCUUCCCCCACCUCCCGGAAAAGCCCCCAAGAGCCGCGCUCCCUUUAAAAAGCUGUGUGAAGCAUGCGUGCGGUUCUUGGGUGUUUUUCCCCGAGGAAGGAGAAGGGCAGCCCACAAGCCUACAAGUGCCACACACAUGCUCCACGCGGCUCAUGAAAGGGAGUGCUGAGCAGAGCCUGGGGUGCAUACAGGCUCUGCUCAGCGCUUCCUUUAAAGAAUAUUUUUUUUCUUGCAUCCCCCCUCUAAAAACUAGGUGCGUCUUAUGAUCAGGUGCAUCUUAUGGUGCGAAAAAUACAGUAGUUGUCAAUUGGCUACCACCCCUAUAAACUUACACACACACCGCCACCUUUUAAACUUAUUUCCUUCUCUUGCUUUAUAGAUACACCAGUUUUCCAUUCCAACACUCUAGAAAGGAAGAACCCAGCUCAGAAUUUGGGGCAGGACCUCAACGAUGCAGAAAUGGUGGAGUAUCUCAUCUGA